AGUCUUAAUCCAGACAUCGAGUGAAACACAAGUGCUUAGUUUGUAGAGUUGGGUAAAAGUGGCAAAUUUAUAUAUCUUAAGCGCUGUGGCGGAACAGCCAUGGUGAAUGCAAAAAUGAAAAUAUUUUUGCCGCUAGUCACGUGGAUAGUGCUGUUCGCGAGUACGGCACAUUCACAAUCCCACAGAAAUGUGGGUUUCGGUUUAAAUCGUGAGGUGUUUUUUCUCAAUCUCGAGGAUGGCUACUUUGGCUGCCAAGUAAACGAAUCCACAGAUUACUUGCAACUAUAUGAGCUGUCCAAGUUGUGCGACGGCCAAUCAGACUGCUAUCUGGGAUCGGAUGAAUUGAGUGAUAAGCUGAAAUGUUCAAAUGAUUGCGACAAGGAUGGCACAGUAUGCUCCAAUGGAGCUUGCUUGGACUCUCAAUGUCACUGUAAUGAUGGUUUCGGUGGAUGUAAUUGCCAAGUGCCAGAUGAGAAUGAGUGCAAGUAUCGACCUUGCGAUGUAUUUGCCCACUGCACAAAUACUCUGGGUAGCUUUACGUGUACCUGCUUUCCCGGGUAUCGUGGCAAUGGUCUUCACUGCGAAGACAUUGAUGAGUGCGAGGAUCCAGCAAUUGCAGCUCGAUGUGUCGAGAAUGCCGAAUGUUGCAAUUUACCAGCACAUUUUGUGUGCAAAUGCAAUCCCGGAUUUGAAGGUGAUGGCGAAGAACUCUGUCUGGAUAUCAAUGAAUGCGAGAGACCGGGAUCGUGUGGCAUUAAUACGCAUUGCAUAAAUCAACCCGGCAACUACACAUGUCUGUGUCAGGAUGGCUUCGAAGGAAAUCCAUACGACGGGUGUGUGGAUAUCAAUGAAUGCCUAAUUCCUGACGCAUGUGGCCCAGAGGCGAUCUGUACGAAUCUCGAGGGUGGUUAUCGCUGCGACUGCCCUCCAGGUUUCGAUGGUGAUGCCCGUGUGGCUGGGUGUGUGGAUGCCGAUGAGUGCAGUCGAUCGCCAUGCGGGCGGAAUGCACUCUGCUCCAAUGUUGUUGGGAGUUUCCGGUGUCAGUGUCCAGAGGGAUUUAUCGGGGAUCCCAUGGUCGACUGCCAAGACAUCGACGAAUGCUCUAACAAUCCCUGUGCCGAAGGGGCUCAGUGUACUAAUACACCCGGUGGAUUUAAAUGUGAUUGCCCACCGGGAUACUCAGAUGCGGGAACCAAUGGAGAGUGUGUGGAUAUUAACGAAUGUGGACGGGCAAACCCGUGUGGGGUGAAUGCUAAAUGUAUUAACCUCCCAGGAUCUCAUAAAUGCCUCUGUCCGUCGGGCUUUUCCGGCCAAGGGGAUAUUUUUUGUGACAAUGUAAAUGAAUGUCGGGAUAAUCCAUGUGGAGCAAAUGCCAUUUGCACGGAUACCAUUGGGAGUUUUGUGUGCUCAUGCAAGCCCGAGUACACGGGAGAUCCAUUCAGAGGUUGUGUGGAUGUGGACGAAUGCACGGCGCUGGACAGACCGUGUGGGGAUCAUGCAAUAUGCGAGAAUGCCAGUCCGGGAUACAAUUGUCUGUGUCCGCAGGGUUAUCGCGCGAAGCCGGACGCUAAGAUCGCGUGUGAGCAAUUCGAUGUGAAUAUUCUCUGUGCGAGCAAUUUCGAUUGCACCAACAAUGCCGAGUGUAUAGAGGGUCAGUGUUUCUGCCAGGAUGGAUUUGAGCCACAAGGUUCCGUGUGUGUCGAUGUGGAUGAGUGUCGGACAAAUGAGAACAUUUGCGGUGCCUAUGCGCAGUGCAUCAACACCCCCGGUUCGUACAAGUGCGCCUGCCAGGCGGGCUAUGUGGGUGCGCCGCCGCGAAUCGCGUGCAAGGCACCCUGCGAAGAUGUCAAGUGUGGCCCCCAUGCGUACUGCAAGCCAGACGGCGUGGAGGCGUACUGUGUCUGUGACGAGGGAUGGACAUACAAUCCGCGAGAUAUCGCGGCGGGUUGCGUGGACAUUGAUGAAUGCGAUGCUGUACACGGUCCAGCGGGUAAAUGUGGCACCGAUGCCAUUUGCAAGAAUACACCCGGUGGUUUUUCGUGUCAGUGUCCGCCCGGCUUUAGUGGGGAUCCACAUAGGCAGUGUCUGGACGUUGAUGAAUGUUCCAGGGUGGGAUCGUGUGGCCAAGGGGCAUUGUGUCGCAAUCAUCCAGGGACGUAUGAAUGUUCCUGCCCCGAGGGAAGUCUCCCUGACCCAGACCCAAGGGUUAGGUGUAUUGCCAUUGUCACAUGCCGUGUGGACAAUGAUUGCCCUGGAAAUGCCAUUUGUGAUGAGCACAAGAGAUGUCUCUGUCCAGAACCCAACAUUGGCAAUGAUUGUAGGCAUCCCUGCGAGGCUGUCGUAUGUGGACCAAAUGCAAAUUGUAUGAUUGUCAAUCAGGUGGCUCAGUGCCUGUGUGCCGAAGGGUACACAGGGGCUGGGAAUCAAUUGGGAGGAUGUGCAGAUAUUGAUGAAUGUGCUGGGAAUCCAUGUCCAAGUGGAGCUGUCUGCACAAACACUCCUGGCGGGUAUUCCUGCCAAUGCCCUGGCGGUAGUUCCGGAGAUCCAUACCGCGAUGGAUGCACAAAGAAUAAUCUCAUUGCAAUCACAUGCUCAGACAGUGAACCAUGUCCACAGGGAGAACUCUGCGUCCUGGAUUCCUUCUCAGGGCAUUCAGUGUGCAUUUGUCGGCAAGGAUAUGCAAGGGAUACGGAGAGUAGGAAAUGUCGCGAUGUGAAUGAAUGUACGGAAAAUCGUGGUAGGGCUUGUGGACUCAAUGCGCUGUGUAAGAAUCUCCCAGGAAGUUAUGAAUGUCAAUGUCCACCGGGUUUCAAUGGGAAUCCCUAUUCGCUCUGUGAGGAGUGCAACAGCCUCGAGUGCCAAUGUCAAGCACCGUAUAAACUCGUGGGCGGUAAUUGCAUCCUAGCUGGUUGUCAGGAAGGUGGAAAGUGCCCACCAGGAGCUGAAUGUAUUUCCAUUGCGGGUGGUGUUAGCUACUGUGCCUGCCCCAAAGGAUAUCGCACUCAAGUUGAUGGAUCAUGUGUUGAUGUUGAUGAGUGUAACGAAGGGAAGCAAGUUUGUGGUUACGGAGCUGAAUGUAGGAACUUGGCAGGAUCAUAUGAAUGCUACUGCCCUCAGGGAUACGGUGGUGAUGCCUAUCAUGGCUUAUGUGCUCCGGCACAGAGAAGAUGUGCCUCAGACAGGGAAUGUGGUGUUAAUGAGAAAUGUGUUCAGCCUGGGGAAUGCAUCUGUCCACCACCAUUCUUCAUGGAUGCCACCGAUGGGAAUAAAUGCAAAAAUCCUUGUGAACGUUUCCCGUGUGGAAUCAAUGCCAAAUGCACCCCAAGUGACCCACCACAGUGUAUGUGCGAAGUGGGGCACAAAGGUGAUCCCCUGCAGGGGUGCAUUGAUGAAGAUGAAUGCGCUCAUGCUCCAUGCGCAUACGGGGCUCAUUGCAUAAAUGAAAAAGGUGGCUACAAGUGUGUCUGCCCCAAAGGAUUCCACGGAGAUCCCUACAAGGGUGAAUGCAUCCUCGAACCGGGCUCUGUGAAGAGUGAAUGCCACAGCAAUGAGGAUUGUGCUAUUAAUUUGGCCUGUGUCGGAGGAACGUGCAUCAGUCCAUGCUCAUCCUUCCGCUGUGGUCCGAAUGCUUUUUGUGAACCUGAGAAGCAUGUUGCGUGGUGUCGGUGUCGCGUGGGUUUUGUCGAAGGCCCCGAUGGGAAUUGCGUAUCACAGUGCAGUAACUACCUCUGCGGGCAGGGUGCACUGUGUAUUGUCACCAACACUGGGCCAACGUGCAAAUGCCCACCUGGGCAGUAUGGAAACCCCUUCCCGGGAGGUAUUUGUGUCACAGAUCAAUGCUCAGCUAAGCAACCAUGUCAGAAUCCUCAAGUCUGCGUCAACGGGAGGUGCAAACAUCGCUGCGAUGGAGUAAUUUGUGGCGUUGGAGCUACCUGCGAUGCAGCAACGGGGAAAUGUAUCUGCGAACCAUCCUUCGUUGGGAGUCCUGAAUUACUCUGUAUGCCACCCUAUCAGACACCUGUCUGUGAUCCAGGAUGUGGUCUCAAUGCUCAUUGUGAAUAUGGAUUCAUUACGAAUCAAUGUGUCUGCAAUCCUGGGACAACUGGAAACCCCUACGAAGGUUGUGGUCCACAGAAGAAGACAAAGUGCUCACCACAAUCCUGCGGAAGGGGUGCAGAGUGCCGAGAAGGUGGGAAUUCCUUCGAAUGCCUCUGCCCAGGAGGUUACAUUGGGAAUCCAUAUGUGGAAUGCUUCGAUGUAGAUGAGUGCUCUAGUCAUGCGUGCGGAAAAGGAGCAAUCUGCAUAAAUACUCCAGGAAGUUACGAUUGUAGGUGCAAGCCAGGCUUUGCGGGGAAUCCCUAUUCUCUCUGCACUCGAACACACAAUGAAUUCUGCGAUGAUCCCACACGAUGUCAGUGUGGACCACAACUCCAGUGCCCACCAGGAUUCUCCUGCGAAAGUGGAAGAUGCAGAGAUUUGUGUGAUCGUGUAUCCUGCGGCCCACGGGCUGCUUGUGAUUCCGGGAAGUGUGUCUGCCCACCCGGGUACACGGGAAACCCAAAGGAUAAAGUAAAUGGAUGCACAGUGUUUGGGCAGUGUGACAAUGAUGCUGACUGCAAGAAUCCGGAGAUUUGCUUCCAAUUUGGACGAGGUUUACGGAAGUGUGUGGAUGCCUGUAGUAAAGUUCAAUGCGGACCUAAUGCACUCUGUCUGUCCAAGGAUCAUCGAUCUGCCUGUAUAUGUGCCGAAGGAUACCACGGGCAACCGAAUGAUUUAGUUCUAGGCUGUCAACCCGAAGAGAGGGAUGCUCAUCAGGGUGCUUGUGAUACAAAUGAUAACUGCGAGAAUGGCUUUAUCUGCACAAUUGAUCGUCAAUGCGUACAUCCAUGUUCAACAGUUGCCUGUGGAACGCACGAGAUUUGCCAGCUGGACAAUUUUGGUCAUCCAGUUUGUCACUGCACUCAAGGAUUCGUCUGGAAUCCCGUCUCUUCUCGCUGCGAGCAACCUUCAAUCCCUGAUUGUACAACAGACUUGGAUUGCCAUCAAGUGGCUGCAUGCCGUGCGGAUGUUCUGGGUGUCCUGAAGUGUGUAUCCGUUUGUGCUGAAUUCACCUGUCCAGCAAAUUCCGUGUGCGUUGCUACCAACCACGCAGGUAGCUGCCAGUGCCUUCCAGGAUUCUCCGGGAAUCCCAAUGACCGCAAUGGUUGCCAACCUGAACUACGAAGUCAGUGCUCAACAAGUGCUGAAUGUCUUGAAUCGGAAACCUGUGUUCGUCAUGAUGGCGUCAUGCUGUGUAGGCCAGCCUGUGAGGAGCGACAGUGUGGUCCUCAUGCUGUCUGCAUCACCAACAAUCACAACGCACAAUGCCAAUGCCCACCAGGCCCAUAUGCCGGGGAUCCGUAUGAUCUUACAAAUGGAUGUCGUGUCGUUCCCUGUGUCUACAACAUUGACUGCCCUCCAACGCAAAUGUGCAACCGGCUAACGCACAAAUGUCACGAUGUUUGCGAAGAGGAUUCCUGUGGAACAGAUGCCGUUUGCAUUGCUGAGGAUCAUAGGGCUGUCUGCCAAUGCCCACGGGGCUUCCGUCCAAAUCCAAUUCCCAGCGUUGAAUGCGUCCCAGUUGAUGGAUGCUCACCGAAUCCUUGUCAUCCAUCAGCUGCCUGCUCAAUCACACCACUAGGACAUACGUGUAAAUGUCCUCCAAAUCACGUUGGAGAUCCCUUCACAACUGGCUGUCGUCCUGAGGGAGCUUGUCCAGGAGGUGAUCGUGAUUGCCCAUCGCAUGCUGCCUGCGUCGGUGGUCGUUGCAUUGAUCCGUGUGAAUCAGCAUGUGGUCCCAAUUCUCUAUGUACUGUCGUCAAUAGACGUGCUCAGUGUGAUUGCCCACAACGCUUUGAACCAGCUGCAACAGGAGCACGAGAUGGGUGCUUCCGUCAAGUGAGAAUUUGCAAAACAGAUCUCGAUUGCGGUGGUGAAGUUUGCCAGCAAGGACAAUGCAGGGUAGCCUGUAGGAAUGCCAAUGAUUGUUCAAUUGGUGAGAAAUGCGUACAAAAUACAUGCAUCCUUCCCUGCUCAAGUCACAGUCAAUGCCCUCGUGGUCAGGCUUGUGCAGCAGGUGCAUGUAUCCUUGGAUGUCGCAGCAACAAAGACUGCCCAACAAAUACAGCAUGCAUUGAGAGUAAAUGCCAAGAUCCAUGCGCUACAGAAGGAGUUUGUGGUCCAAAUGCUCUCUGCAAGUGCUCAAAUCACGCCACCUCCUGCUCCUGCCCACCUGGUUUUGAAGGCAACCCCAUUCCCGAGCAGGGAUGUGUCAGAAUACCCGCUACAUGCGUUGCUACCGUUCAAUGCCCAACAGGACACAUGUGCAUCGCUAAUCAAUGCAAUCUACCAUGUCGAGAAACCCUCUCAUGUGCAAUUGGGGAGAGAUGCUACAAUAGCGUUUGUGCUAAAGUCUGUUACACCAACAACAACUGCCUUCCGGGAGAAAUCUGCAACAACGAUGGGGUUUGUCAAUCAGGAUGCGGUUCAGAUGGUGACUGCCCAUCUAGUCAAGUUUGUUCCAGCGGGAAGUGUCGAUGUCGUGCUGGAUUCAUUGGAACACCAUUCGGAUGCUCAGAUAUUGAUGAGUGCACCGAAAGGCCAUGUCAUCCAUCUGGACGAUGUGAAAAUACACCAGGAUCCUUUAGGUGUGUCUGUCCAGCAGGAACUGUGGGCGAUGCAACCAGGGAACCCGGCUGCGUUCUUCCCAAUCAGUGCUUCCGUAGUGAAGACUGCGAUGCUAGGCUAUUAUGCUUCCAAGGAAAAUGCACAAAUCCAUGCGCUACAACACAAUGUGGACCCAAUGCAUACUGUGACGCACAGAAUCAUCGUGCAACCUGCCUGUGUCCAAGUGGACAUCUUGGAGAUCCGAGAGAUUUAUCCGUUGGAUGCUUCAAGGUGGAAUGCCUUACAAGCGAUGACUGUACGAUUGAUCGACACUGUCACGAGGAGACAAAUAAAUGCAUCAAUCCGUGUGAUUUUGUCAACUGCGGCAGAGGAUCCUGUUCGGUUGUUAACCACGAACCAGUUUGUGCUUGCUCCCAAGGAUACUCCCUGCAAGGAGGGCGAUGCGAAGAUAUUGAUGAAUGCGCAACGAAUCCCUGUCAACCAACAGCGAUCUGCACAAACACACCAGGAGCGUAUUUGUGCUCAUGUGCAGAAGGAUUGGUUGGCGAUCCCAUUCACACAGGAUGCCGAAGCCCUGGUGAAUGCUACAACGACGGAGAUUGCCCAUCAACAGCUCUCUGUGAAAACUCACGCUGUCGCAAUCCCUGUGACAAUCCUCAAGCUUGUGGAAGAAAUGCUGAGUGUGUAGCUGUUUCACAUGCAGCCGUUUGCAGAUGUCCUGCUAAUACUCGUGGGAAUCCAACGCAUGAAUGUAUCAGGAUAGAAUGCUCAGAUAAUGAUGAUUGUCAAUCUUCUCAAACAUGUAUUGAUUCCCGAUGCGUCAACCCUUGCUCAUUGGCAAAUGUUUGCGGCCAAAAUGCUGAAUGUGUGCCUGAUAAUCAUCAAGGAGUCUGCUCAUGUCACGCAGGUAUGACAGGGAAUCCCCUACUUGGAUGUGUUCCCGUUCAGUACUGCAGUAAUGAUCAGCAAUGUCCUGCUGGAACAAUCUGCAAUGCCGGUGUUUGUUGCUCACUCUGCUCCAGCAACAGAGACUGCUACGGAGAUCAGCUUUGCAUCCAAGGUGUCUGCCAGCCAACGUGCAGGAGCAAUACGAGCUGUCCUGACUUCCAGUAUUGUCUCAACAAUAUCUGUACACAAGACUUUGUUUGCCGAUCUGAUGAGGAUUGUGACAUUGAUGAGAAUUGCGUCACAGAUUCCUCAGGGAGAUCUCAGUGCCAGAAUGCCUGUAGCGGCAGAGUUCUCUGUGGAAGAAACGCCGAGUGUGCAGCACGUCAACAUGAAGCUGUAUGUUCGUGUAAACCAGGCUUUUUCGGUGAUGCCAGAAGUGGAUGUCGUAAGAUUCAAUGCGAACAGGAUUCAGACUGUUCAACGGAUAAAACAUGCGAUAAUCAUAUGUGCAAAAUAGCUUGCUUACUGGGAGAACCCUGUGGGGCAAAUGCUCUCUGUUCAGCUGAGAAUCAUAAGCAAGUUUGCCAUUGUCAGCCAGGAUUUACGGGUGAUCCAAAGGUUCGCUGUGAUGUAAUUGAUUACUGUCGCGACGGUCCGUGUGGUCCUGGAGCACGGUGUCGCAACAGUCGUGGAUCCUUUAGGUGUACUUGUCCAUCAGGAUCAGUUGGAGAUCCCUACAACGAAGGCUGUCGAGCUGCUGUUGAAUGCGAACGGAAUGAAGACUGUCCCGCUUUUGCUGAGUGCAAGCAACAAAAUGGUGUUCCAAAGUGUAAGGAUGUUUGUGAAAAUACGCUCUGUGGUCCCAAUUCUGAAUGCCAACCGCAAGGACAUGUGGCGCAUUGCCAGUGUCGAUCAGGGUAUCAAGGGGAUCCAACUGAUAUAUCCAUCGGAUGCAGGCCUUUACCGGUACCGUGUCAAUCAACUGGAGACUGCCCACUUAACACUUACUGCCACGCUGAUGUUUGCAAGCCUGUUUGUGUCCUCAACACUGAGUGCGCUCUCGAUGAGAUUUGCUUCAAUGGUCAAUGCCUCAACCCCUGUGAACAGGAUCAGGCGUGUGGAAUGAAUGCAGACUGCUUAAUCAACAAUCAUCUCAAACAAUGCGCCUGCCCACCUGGUUUCACAGGAAGUCCUGACAAUGAAUGCGUUCGAAUCCCUGUGGCAUGUAUCUCAUCGCGAGAUUGCAUAGAAGGGCACACAUGUCGCGAUACAAUGUGCCUACCGUCAUGCAGUGCAGACUUUGACUGUGCUCUGAAUGAGAAGUGUAUCAACCAAAAUUGUAUGCUGACCUGCAGGGUGGACAAUGACUGCUUCCUCGGACAUAUUUGCCUGCACAACAAAUGUGUCUUUGGCUGCCAUUCAGAUGAAGAUUGCAGCGCCAGUGAGACAUGUCGGAAUAAUUUGUGCAGCAAUCCCUGCCACGACAAUCCAUGUGGACCAAAUGCAGUUUGCACCGUUUCCAAUCAUCGCGCUUCCUGCUCCUGCAUCCAAGGUAUGGUGCCAAGUCCAACGGCCAAGGUUGGAUGUAUCAGAGCUCCGGCUUUGCCUUGUAUUGAAAAUCGUGAAUGUCCCGGUGGAUUCGCGUGCUUUGAGGAAAUGUGUCGACCUGUGUGUGCCAACGAUGGAGGUUGCCUCAACAAUGAACGCUGCGAAAAUGGCGCUUGCAAACCACUCUGCCGUCGAGAUGAUGACUGUAGGUACGGAGAAGUUUGUCAAGGACUCAUUUGCUCUGUUGGAUGUCGCUCUAACUCUGGCUGUGCGGAUUCUUUAGCCUGCAUUGGGCAUCAGUGUCGGGAUCCUUGCCUAGAAGCAACGGCUUGUGGCACAAAUGCUGAAUGCCAGGUUGUUGGACAUGAGAAAGUCUGCACAUGCCCACCACCACUGGUAGGAGAUCCAAACCUUGGGUGCCGGUAUGCUUAUGUUGCCUGCGGAAGUCAUCGUGAUUGCCCACCUGGACAUUCCUGCUAUGGGAAUGUGUGUCAAAUCUCCUGCCGAAGUGAUCAGAAUUGUCUGGCAGAUGAAAGAUGUAUCCGCGGUACGUGCAGAAGUGUUUGCAACAGUGAUUCCUCCUGCGGAAGUGGUCUCAUCUGUGAGAAUCGAGUAUGUCAAAUUGGAUGCAGGAAUGACCUUUCUUGCCCAUCAGAUCAAGCUUGUAUUAACAGGCAAUGCGCUGACCCAUGCUCUGUUAGUGGUCAGUGUGGAAGCUGUGCUGAGUGCAGUGUUAUAAAUCAUGGAGUUCAGUGUAGCUGUCGAGCUGGGUAUCAGGGUAAUCCUCUUCAGGGUUGCGUCCUGCCACCACAACGAUGCAAUUCCUACUGCCAAUGUGAUGAGCAUGGAAUACUCUGUGCUGAGACUUGCAAUGAUGACAAUCAGUGCUCAUGCGGGCAGAAGUGUUCCCUUGGAAAAUGUCGAAUGGCCUGCAAUCCAGGCACAUGCCCACCGGGUCAACUAUGCGAAGGUGGAGCCUGUGUUGCUGGUUGUCGUACACACUUGGACUGUACCAAUGAACAAGCAUGCGUAUCUGGCCAGUGUCAGGAUCCAUGUGCACGUGAUGAUUCGUGCGGAAGGAAUGCUAUCUGUCGUGUAUCGGAUCAUCGUGUUCUCUGCCUCUGCCCAGAUGGUUUCCAUGGUGAACCGUCGCGUGAAUGCACGCGGUUUGAGUGCUCUUCCGAUGCGGACUGUGAAACUGAUAAGCAAUGCCGCGAUGGGUCGUGUCGUAAUCCCUGCCUCGAGCAGGGUGGUGCGUGUGGUAUCAAUGCUCAGUGCCGUGUUGUCAAUCAACGAUCUCAGUGCUCCUGCCCACCCGGGUUUGUGGGUAAUCCCGAAAUUGAGUGCCAACAACUCUCACCCGGUACAUGCCUGCGCAAUCCGUGUGGUGAAAAUGCGGUGUGUCACGAACUGUACGGGGGGUAUGAGUGUAGCUGUAUCGAGGGAUGUGUCGGGGAUCCGCGUAAGGGGUGCCAGUGUGAGGGGGAAGUUCGCAAUGUAUGCUCCCAACAGACAUGCGGUCUCAAUGCAGCGUGUCGUGUACGAAAUGCCCACACCGCUGAGUGCUACUGCCUACCGGAAUUCCCCCACGGGGAUCCAUACGUUCAAUGUGUCCCUGAACAACCAUUCGUUGACUGUCGAUCCACAGGAUGUCCAACCGGGAAGUGCGUACUCCACAAUCUCCAAUACGUCUGUCGUCUAGACCAGGAGUGCCAGAGUGAUGUGGAUUGUCCCAGCGAGAAGGCAUGUAUCGGUGGACAAUGUUCGGAUCCAUGUACGAUGCGUGGGGCAUGUGGGAUGAAUGCUCUAUGCCAGACAGUUUUACAUAGACCCCGGUGCUCAUGCCCUAAUUGCUACAUUGGACGCCCCCAUAUUGAAUGUACCCCGGACCCCAAUUGUGAUGGGCAAACAACACCCCGACCCAAUGUUGUACCCGUGCGUGCAUGCCGCGAAGAUAGUGAUUGCCACCAAUCACUCCACUGCGAUCGCAAUGGUCAGUGCACGGAUCCGUGUGAGAAUCCAACAUUUGUCUGCGAAGGGAAUAAGCGCUGUGAGACGCGUCGUCAUCGUCCGGUGUGCGUGUGCAAGGCUGGGUUUAUUGUAAAUGAGUACGGGGAAUUGAUUUGUGCACCUGAGAAUAGGGAGUGUCAGCGUGAUGAUGAGUGCGCGUCAAAUAGGGCCUGUAGUGAGGGUAGGUGCGUUAAUCCGUGUGCCGAGAAUGCACGUCGUGGCCGUCCAUGUCCAUCCGAUAAGCAAUGCCAGGUUGUCGAUCGCAAGGCGACGUGUGUCUGCAUGAAGGAUUGCCAUCCAUCCCUGAGUAUUUGUCUCAGGGAUACGGGAUGUCCUGCCGAUAAGGCAUGCCGUAACUAUCAAUGCGUUAACCCUUGCGAUCACGCCACAUGUGCCGCAAAUUCACCCUGCUACGUCGAAGAUCACAAGCCCAUCUGUAAAUUCUGCCCACCUGGAUUUGUGGCUGAUGCGCGAAAUGGAUGUUUAAAAGCAGUUGUUAAGGAGAAGAUGAUCUGUUCAAAACACGAGGAUUGUGACGACAAAGAACAUUGUCAGAUGGGGAUUUGCGAAAAUCCCUGUUCCACCAUCAUUUGUGGCAAUUUGGCUCAUUGCAAUGCUACAAAUCACACAGCUAAAUGUCAAUGUCUCCCCGGUCUUUCCGGUGAUCCCUAUGUCAAGUGUUUCCUUGUUGGGGUGCAAGAAACAACAACUGAGGGUAUUGAGAGUAAAUCCUAUACUGGUUAUGAUAAUGAAGAAAUUCCCACAACUACUCUAGCCGAAGCUACAACACAUUAUCUUGAUGUUAGAUUCAAUACAGAUGUGUCCGUUGAGACAACAACAACAACCAUGGGUCAAGAAAGCACAACUGAAAAAUUUAGUUCUAGUGCUCAAACAACAACAUCUGGAGCAUUUUCAGAAACAACAUCUGGAGCAUUUUCAGAAACAACAUCUGGAGCAUUUUCAGAAACAACAUCUGGAGCAUUUUCAGAAACAACAUCUGGAGCAUUUUCAGAAACAACAUCUGGAGCAUUUUCAGAAACAACAUCUGAAGCAUUUUCUGAAACAACAUCUGGAGCAUUUUCAGAAACAACAUCUGGAGCAUUUUCAGAAACAACAUCUGGAGCAUUUUCAGAAACAACAUCUGGAGCAUUUUCAGAAACAACAUCUGAAGCAUUUUCUGAAACAACAUCUGGAGCAUUUUCUGAAACAACAUCUGGAGCAUUUUCAGAAACAACUUCAGAAGCAUGGACAGAAGGAACAACAAAAACUAUUUAUACUAAAGAAGGCAGGAUUCCUUAUACUACAGAGACAAGAGCUCCUGUUACUACAGAAGUUCCACAGUCAACAGAAACUCCAUUAAAACAGAUGACCACAGAGCAAACGACACAAACAAGUGGAGGAUAUACAUCUGAAGUUCCCACAACGGAAUACGGAACUGAGAAUACAGAAACUCAAUCUGUUUCGUAUACUGAGAAAACUUCCACAAUCGGAGGUUUUACAGAUACAACCGAGAAUAUUUCUAUUGUGACAGAAAGUUCAGUAUCUACAGAAUCUUACAAUCGUACAACAACCGAAAUUCCAAGCACUGAAUUUGUAAUAACAGAAGAACAGCCAGUUUCGUCGACAGAAACAACAACUACUGAAUCAGUUAUUCUUGACUUAAGAACUAGGAAGACAACUGAAGUGUACGAUGAAACUCCAUUAACUGAAAUUGUCACAGAAACAACAACUUACAAAGAAAGUUCUUCUGGAGCAACAACUCUUUCUACAGAAGGCCUAAUAACUGAAUCUGUAGGCAGUACGACAGAAAGUAAAGAAAGUUUUUCUGAACCUACUACCACAGAAUUCGGAUGGAGUGAAAGCACAAUUGAAGCUCAAUCAACUACGCAAAGACGUAUAAUUCCUACGGAGUAUACUGAAGAAGUUCCUACGGAAUAUACUGAAGAGAUUUUGACGGAAAAUACAGAAAGAACUGAAGGUGCUACUCAGACUACAACUGAAUCUGUUAUUCUAGAUCUUCGAACAAGAAGAACAACAAUUCCAGUUGAAGUAUCAACAGAAUCUUCAUCAACUCUUGGGAGUACCGAAUAUACAACAACUACAACCGAAUAUAGUGAGACAGUUCAAACGAGGGAUUAUACAAAAGAGUCCAGAACUUUAAACACAACGGAAAUACCUAGUUCUACGGUUGAGUACACAUACACUACAACUGAAGAAAAUAUAACUCCUGAAGUUUAUAAAACUGAAGGAAGUACCACAACAACAGAAGGAAUAACCGAAUCAAGUACACAAAGUACAACAGAAUAUCCUUUUGAAGAAGGUAACACAACUCAAGAAUAUACAACGAGUUUCACUACCACAAGUGGUUUUGUAACUGAAUCAACAACUCCUACAAGUGAAUUAAUUACAAAUGAAUACAGUCUAGCCAUGUCUACAUCCACUGGUUAUGAAGAAACAACCACACAAGAAACGACAACAACUGAAGCUGUAUUUUCAAGCACUGGUAGAGAAACAACCCAAAGUACAGUAGUAGAAGUUACGAAUGAACCAGGUAGUACCACGCAAUACCCGACAUCAACUUUAAGCCAAACAACAAAAUCUUUUAGCGAAGAAACUACGGAAUCCGAAACAGUAACCGUUUCUCGUGAAACAACUGAGACUGAAGCUGCAUUUACUGAGAAAUCUUCACAGAGCACUGAAUCAACGACACAAUUAGGAAGCACAACUUAUGAAACGUAUACUGAAAUUUCUGGAUUUCCUGAAUCGCGUACAGAACCAGAUUUAUUUGAAACUGAAUUUACUUCAACUACAACCGCUGCAUCCACUAGUGGUUACACGCCUAGAGUGAAUGAAGCGGAAUCUACUUCAACUACUGGCUUUACACAAGAAGAAACUACAACUAUUGGCGCUACAUUUACUACUGGUUACACUCCUAGAGUGUAUGGAACUGAAUCACCGUCGACUACUGGCGUGGCGCAAGAAGAAACUGUAACUACAACUACAGGCGGCUACACUUCUUCAGUAUAUGAAACUGAAUCUACUUCAAGUUCUGGCGUUACGCAAGAAACUGAAACUACUACUACAGGUAUUGCAUCUACUACUGGUUACACGUCUACAGGGUAUGAAAGAGAAUCAACAUCGACAAUUGGUGUAACGGAAGAAGAAACUACAAGUACAGGCGCUGCAUCAACAACUAGUUACACUCUUUAUGAAAAUGAACCUACUUCAACAAUUGGCGUGACGCAAGAAGAAACUGAAACUACAACUGGCGCUAUAUUUACUACUGGUUACACGCAAAGGGUGUAUGAAACUGAAUCAACAUCAACAACUGGUGUUACGCUAGAAACUACUACUACUGGCGGCUAUACGCCUAGAGUGUAUGAAAAUGAAUCACCGUCGACUACUGGCGUGAGUGAAAAAGAAACUGAACCCACUACUACUGGCACUGCGUUUACUACUGGUACUUACACGUCUGAAGUAGCACAAGAAGAAACUACAACUACUGGUGGUUUAUCCACAACUGGUUACACUCCUAGAGUGUAUGAAACUGAAUCACCAUCGACUUCUGGCGUGACUCAGGAAGAAACUGAACCCACUUCUACUGGUAGUUAUACGCAAGAAGAAACUUCAACUACUGGCACUGUAUCCACAACUGAUUACACCCGGAGAGUGUAUGAAACUGAAUCUACUACGACUACUGGUGUUGCACAAGAAGAAACUACAACAACCGCUGCUACAUCCACUAAGGGUUACACUCUGUACGAAACUGAACCUACUUUAUCUACUGGCGUAACGCAAGAAGAAACUGAAAAUACAACAACUGGUGCUGCAUCUACUACUGAAAACACACCAUUAGUUUAUGAAACAACUAGAAAAGUUUAUACUGAAUAUCCCAAAACAACAACAUUGGGUCAAGAAUAUGAAUCAACUUCUGAAACCGGUUAUUAUACUACCAGUACUAAUGCUGAAAUUGAUGAAUUUACAUUAACUACCACGGAAUAUUUUACUGAAGGCCGUGAAGAACCAGUAGUAUCUGAAGUUCCUACAACUAAAAUAAGCUAUACAACAACAAGUUCUGAAUCACCUACAGAACCUUCCACACAAAGUGUAGAAUCUACGACCGAAAUUGGAUCUGAACCUCGUGGAGAUUUUACAGAAACCACUAUUAAUCAGGAAAUGAUAACCGGUGUUAAUUUAAUGACUGAACCGUCAAGAAAACCAGUAGAUAAAACGACUCAAUCAUAUCCUAGAACUACAACGGAAAGUUUGAGUUCAGUAUCAGAGUAUCCAAGCGAACGAACAAUCAAGUAUGACACAACAACAAUAAAGCAACCUGAAGUGGUAACUACGACUACUCCUGAAUCUUAUGAAAGAACUACCACAACAGAAAGUUUCAGUGAAUCUACUAAAAAGUUAGAAUCUCAAAGCACUCAGCCCUCUUUGUCCGAAGAGACUACGUCAACUGAAUAUUAUCCAAGUACGUAUGAAACAACAAAAAUUACAUAUCCAGGUACAGAAACUGAGGGCUUGAGUACAACUGAAAGAAAAAUUCCUGUUGAAACUACAACCGAGUUAAGAGAAACUACAACAGAAACUUUAUCAUCAACACAGAGGGAAACCACGACUUUGGGUGUAAAAGAAGAAGAAACUACAGUUCCUGGAGUAUCUGAACAGUUUUCAACGCGUACUAAUCCAACUACAUUGUAUCAUGAUACCACAACUAGUGUUCCAGAAUCAACAACAACUUUAAGGGAAACAACUGUUGAAGUUAUUACAGAAGAAUUUCCUGAAUCAAGAACUGAACCUGAUAUAUUUGAUAUUAGUAGCUAUAGUCCACAAACAACUACGCAGGUUGUUGAAAAGACAAGCGAAAUAGUUACUGAGAAAUCUACAACAACUAAAGUAGAGGCGACUUCAACGCCAGGUGUGGAGAUUACAACGGAAACGACUGAAAAAUACACAACAUUCACAGUUGGAGAGACAUCAACUGUAAGUGAGGAAAUGACCCAGUCAACUGGACAAACCACAACUUACAUGUUUGGAGAAACAUCAACUCCUAUCCAAGAAAUAAGUGAAAAAUACACUACUUACACCGUAGAAGAAACAUCAAACCCAGUUCAAGAAACCACAACUUAUAGGGCUACUGAGUCAACAUCUGGUGCUUCUGAGACCACAACUACUGCGUCUGGUUCCACAGCUGGUGCUGUAGAAACAACAACGAAACAAGAAGGCACUUCAGCAGCUGAAACAAGUACUAGAAGCCAGGAAACUACUACUACAACUGAAGCAGUUGUUGAAGAAAUUACAUUAGGAACAACGCAAAAAAUGUUGGAAUCAACAACGAAGAUUCUAGAAAGAACUACAACAGAAGAGACUUAUCAGUCAGGAAGAACAACACAAGAAUAUGAAUCAACCUUCAUUCCUGAAACAACAGAAUUUACUCAAUACCCUGAUAUUGAAGGUCGUGGUGGUGGUAAAACAACAACAACUGAAGGAAUUUCCUUAUAUGCAACUGUGACUUCAGGUCAAGUUGAUAUUUACAGCACAACGUCUGAGCCUUCGGAAACAACCACCCAAACCUAUCUGGAAUGUUUCAAAGAUGAGCAUUGCAAUAGCACAGAAGCUUGCAUUGGAAACACUUGUCUGAAUCCUUGUUCCUACUAUUCCUCCCUCUGUCCUGAUUCCAUUCCUUGUCUCACACAGAAUCACACAAUAUUUUGCCUUUGCAAUGAGUCCAACGCCGGAAUGAGUCUUGGUUGUAAUCCUAGACCAGAUAUUGGAUGCACCUCCCAUUCGAAUUGUCCUGUUCAGCGUGCUUGCGUCAAUGCCAGAUGCAUUGAUCCCUGUAUUCAGGCAAAUCCCUGCGAUGAAUUGCAGGAGUGUCAGGUGCAGAAUCAUCAACCAGUUUGCGUUAGAGUUUGCCAAUGCCAGACAAGGGCAGAUUGCAGAGGAGGUUUGAUCUGUGAUGGAUGCAACUGCAUCCCAGAAGGAAGAGAGCCAAAUAUUGUACCUGGCUGUGAACACUGCCCCCCAGGAGUUCAUUGUGACCCAUCAACUGGAGCCUGUGUUAGAGUCAAAUGCACACAAAAUGAGGAUUGUACCUUGACAGAAGCUUGUAUUGGGGGUAUGUGCCAGCAUCCAUGUGAUGUGCACAAUCCCUGCGCCUCUGGCGCUAUUUGCAUUAAUACAAAUCACGGAUCGGACUGUAGCUGCCCAGAACACUAUCAGGGCAACGGAUAUGUUGGAUGUGUUCCAGUAAUUGACAACGUGAACGUUUGCCAGUACAAUGAGGAUUGUCCUCCGGAUAAGUACUGCGAUCGUCUCAAUCGUCGUUGCAUCAAUCCAUGCAUUGAAGAUUCGUGUGGUGAAAAUGCUGAAUGCUUCCCAAUUAAUCAUGCUAUUGAAUGUCGAUGCUGGGACUCCUACGUUGGUAAUCCCUACGUGGAGUGCACGCGAAUUCUCGGCUGUAGAUCUGAUCAGGAGUGCAAUCAGUAUGAAGCCUGCGUCAACGGUCAAUGUGUUUCACCGUGUCAGUGUGGAAUUUACGCCAUUUGCGAUGUAAUCAAUCAUCAGGCUUUCUGCAAGUGUCCUGUAGGAUACACCGGUAAUCCCGAAAUUGCCUGCCAACCUCCACAGAAUCCCUGUGAACCAAAUCCUUGUGGACUGAAUGCACUGUGUGAACUAGAUCGAGGAAAUCCCAUUUGCUUCUGUCCCAAAGGACUUACUGGGAAUCCAUUUAAGAAUUGCAUUCCCGAAGGCAAUGAAUGUCUUCCGAAUCCUUGUGGACCAAAUAGUGGUUGUCGCGUUGUAAACAAUCAACCAAUUUGCUUCUGCCUCCCGGAAUAUGAGGGCUAUCCACCAGAACGCCCAUGCAUACUGCCACAGAAUCCUUGUGAUCCUUCGCCGUGUGGACCAAAUACUCAGUGCUCAAUACUGCCAAAUGGAUUUGCCAAAUGUACCUGCUUAGCUGGGUACAUUGAGAGUCCAAAUACAAUCAGAGGCUGUGUUGAACCUAAGAAUCCAUGCGAUCCCAAUCCCUGUGGGUUGGGUGCUGUGUGCGAUUCAUCACGUAAUCCAGUCUGCUACUGCCCCGAGAGGACUGUUGGGAAUCCCUACAGAGCUUGCACAGAGCCCAUACUCAUUCCAGAAUUGUGCAAACCCGGUCCGUGUGGAAGGAAUGCCGAUUGCUAUGUUGCCAACAGCAGGGAAGAAUGCUACUGCCGUCCUGGUUUUAUCGGAGAUCCCUACAGUGGAUGCCGCGAAAUUCCACGAUCUGCUUGUGAACCAAAUCCAUGUGGUCCUGGUGCACAGUGCAUCAUCAGUCCGGAGGGGCAUAGCAUGUGUAGAUGCCCUGAUGGAGUUGGAGGUGAUCCCACAAGUAUUACUGGAUGUCGUGGCUAUGAAUGCCGUGUAGACGAUGAGUGCCCCUACGACAAAGCUUGCAUUGGCUUCCGUUGUCGCGAUCCAUGUCCAGGUUCUUGUGGAUUUGGUGCUCAUUGUCGCGUUGAAAAGCACCACCCUGUUUGCUUCUGUAAUCCCGGACUAACUGGAAAUCCCCUAACACGAUGCUACGUUCUACCUGAAAGAGCCCCAACUCCACGACCAUCACCCUGCACUCCUUCACCGUGUGGAGUCAAUACUGGGUGCAAAGUUAGUGGUAAUCGUGCUAUAUGUUCUUGUCUGCCCACGUACAUUGGUGACCCUAAAUUAGGAUGCCGUCCAGAAUGUACAAUCAACUCAGACUGCCCUGCAGACAGAGCUUGUAUGAACAGGAAGUGCGUCAGCCCGUGUGAAGGAAGAGUUUGUGGUAUUGGUGGAGAAUGCCGAAUGGACAAUCACACACCAGUUUGCCAAUGCCCCAAUGGAUACAUCGGUGAUCCAUAUUUCCAAUGCGUACUACUGCCUCCUGUAACCGAACCCAAGGAACCCUGUGCUGCUGACCCAUGUGGAACGGGAAUUGUGUGCUCUGUCUAUGGCAACGACGUAGCUAUUUGUGAUCCCUGCGCCAGCCCAGAAGCCUACAACUACCCACAAUGUCGACCUGAGUGCCUCUCCAAUGCUGACUGCCCAUUCAAUCUCGCUUGUCUCGGACAGAAGUGCUUAGAUCCAUGUCCAGGUUCCUGCGGACAUCAGGCUGUAUGCACAGUUGUCUAUCACAAUCCUGUCUGUCACUGCCCACAGGGACUCUUUGGGAAUCCCUUUGAACACUGCUCAACACCUUCCAUUAUUGUUCACGAUAGGGUUGAAACUUGCGAAACAGUGAGAUGUGGAGCAAAUGCGGAAUGUCGCAAGCAAGGUGGAGUGCUAGCCUGUGUCUGCCGCAAGGGUUACUUCGGUGAUCCCCUACUGGGCUGCCAUCCAGAAUGUGUCGUUAAUCCAGAUUGUCGACCUGAUCUUGCAUGCGUAAAUGGCAAAUGUGUGGAUCCAUGCAAAGGAGCCUGUGGCCUCAAUGCUCAAUGCCAGACAGUCAAUCAUUUCCCAGUUUGCUACUGCCCAGCAGGAUUUACUGGAAAUGCUCAGGUUCUGUGCUCGGAACAGAGACAAAUCCCACCGAUUGUUCCCAUCAAUCCGUGCGAUCCUACCCCAUGUGGACUAAAUAGUCGUUGCCUGGUAUCUCCCGAUGGAUAUGCAAUUUGUUCGUGUCUGCCUGGGUAUAAGGGUGCCCCACCAGCUUGCCAGCCAGAGUGUCUCAUUAGUGCAGAUUGUGCCCAAAAUCGUGCAUGUCUCAACCAGAAGUGCGUUGAUCCAUGCCCAGGAACUUGUGGUAUUAGUGCUUACUGCGAGGUCUUCAAUCACAAUCCCAUCUGCAGUUGCCCACCUGGACAAGAAGGGGAUCCUUUCGUUUCAUGCCAGUACCCAGAGGAGAAAGCUGUUGUACCCAUUGUCCCGGAGAAUCCAUGUGUUCCUUCACCCUGUGGACCAAAUUCAAUUUGUCAAGUUCGCGAUCAUCGUCCUGUAUGCUCGUGUGCCAUCACCUACAUCGGUAGUCCACCGUAUUGUCGACCAGAAUGCGUGGUUAGUGAAGAAUGCCCACAGGAUAAGGCGUGCAUCAAGGAAAAAUGUCGAAAUCCUUGCGAUAAUGUUUGUGGCAUUAAUGCUCAGUGCACAGUUAUUGCACAUUCGGCUUUCUGCAACUGCCUCAAAGGCUACCAAGGAGAUGCUUUCGUUGGAUGCUCUAAGAUUCCCGAACCAGUUGCACGUCAUGAUCCUUGCAAUCCUUCACCCUGCGGUGAGAAUGCUCAAUGUACGGAGAGGAAUGGAGUUGCAAGAUGCUCCUGUAUUCCACCAUACAUUGGUGACCCGUACACAUCUGGCUGCCGACCUGAGUGUGUCUUCAACUCAGACUGCCCCAGUCAUUUGGCUUGCAUCAAACAACAUUGCCGUGAUCCAUGCCCAGGAGUGUGUGGCAUGAAUGCUGAAUGUGCUGUUGUGAAUCAUAUUCCAGUUUGCACAUGUGCCAGAGGCUAUCGCGGUGAUCCAUUCUCGGGAUGUCGUGCUGAACCCAUUGCCCCACCACCUGUUAGGAAUCCCUGCGAGCCAUCUCCGUGCGGACCAAAUAGUGUUUGCCGUGUUGCCGAUGGUCGACCAAUUUGUUCUUGUCAAAUUGGCUACUUUGGCGUUCCACCAUCAUGCCGACCCGAAUGUAUCGUCAGCUCAGAGUGUAGUCAACAUCAAGCAUGUAUUAGUCAAAAGUGCAAGGAUCCCUGUCCUGGAACGUGCGGAUUCAAUGCUCGCUGCCAAGUGGUUAAUCACAAUCCCAUCUGUAGCUGCCCAAGUGGCUACAUUGGUGAUCCCUUUGAACAGUGUACGCCGAAGCCAGAAGUGGCAGUGCCACCAAAACAAGUGAAUCCAUGCCUUCCAAGCCCGUGUGGCUCUAAUGCGGAAUGUCGUGAAAUUGAUAGUCGUGCUGUGUGUAGUUGCUUACCGGAUAUGCUUGGAACACCACCAAAUUGUCGCCCAGAGUGCGUUAUCCAUCAGGAUUGCCCAUCAAAUAGGGCGUGUGUUAAUCAAAAGUGUCGUGAUCCGUGCAUCGGUUCGUGUGGCUUCAACGCGCAGUGUACAACGCAGAAUCAUCAGCCCAUGUGUACGUGCUUCGAUAGCUACGAAGGUGAUCCAUAUGCUGGUUGCAACCCUAGACAAGUUCAAAUCAUUGAAGUGGUGAAUCCCUGCAAUCCCUCACCAUGUGGAUCAAAUGCUUUGUGCAAAGAGCGCAAUGGUGCUGGUUCUUGUGUUUGCAUGCCUGAAUACUUUGGUGAUCCCUACAUCAACUGCCGACCUGAAUGUGUACAAAAUUCCGAUUGUGCCUCAGAUAGGAGUUGCAUGAAUCGUAAAUGCAUCGAUCCGUGCAUUGGCACAUGCGGUGUUAAUGCUGAAUGUCGCGCCACAAAUCAUUAUCCAAUAUGCACCUGCACACCAGGAUAUACCGGAAAUCCCCUUCAAUUGUGCCACAUUAUUCCAACAGCCAUUGUCGUUCACGAACCUCCAAAUCCGUGCACCCCAUCCCCAUGCGGGCUUUUCAGUACGUGCCGAGAAAUAGAUAGUAGAGCCGUUUGCUCAUGCCUUCCAAACUAUCUCGGGGCUCCACCAAAUUGCAGACCCGAAUGCGUCAUUACGUCUGAAUGCGGAUAUGAUCGUUCAUGCGUUAAUCAGAGAUGUGUUGAUCCGUGCCCCGGAACAUGUGGCAUUCACGCAAGAUGUCGUGUUACAAAUCACAAUCCAAUUUGCUCAUGUCCACCUGGAUACGUUGGAGAUCCCUUCGUGCAGUGCGUACCCGAAGAAAGAAAACCAAUAGCUGUUAUCAAUGAGAAUCCCUGUGUCCCAACUCCAUGUGGACCAAACUCCCUGUGCAAGAACGUAGACUCUCGAGCUGUUUGCUCGUGCGUUGCCAAUUACGUGGGACGCCCACCAAAUUGUCGACCUGAAUGCGUUACAAACUCCGAAUGCCCACCGGUUUUGGCGUGCAUUAAUGAGAAAUGCCGUGACCCGUGUGUUGGAUCAUGUGGCCUCAAUGCUGAAUGUCGUGUUGUUUCCCAUUCACCCAUUUGCAUGUGUGUCGGUGGAUAUGAAGGGGAUCCUUUCUCAGGAUGCACAAGGGUUGUAGUACAGAUAAAAGAAGAAGUCCGUACCCCAUGUACGCCAUCUCCAUGCGGUAUCAAUGCCGUGUGCAAGGAGAGGAAUGGUGCGGGAUCUUGCGCAUGUAUCCCAGAAUAUACAGGAAAUCCCUAUAUUGAAUGCCGACCAGAGUGUGUACUUAAUACCGAUUGCCCGCGCAAUCGGGCAUGUGUUAACAACAAAUGCGUGGACCCAUGCCCAGGAACAUGCGGAAUAAAUGCCGAAUGUCGCGUUGUCAAUCACUCACCCACCUGUACAUGCUUACCUGGAUACCUUGGGAAUGCUCUGAGUGCAUGUAGUUUACCGCCUCCAAUUCGUGAUGAAAUUGUACCUGUAAAUCCAUGUGUACCUAGUCCCUGUGGUGCCAAUAGCAAUUGCCGUACGGUGAAUAAUCACGCUGUGUGCUCGUGCAUACCGAAUUACAUUGGUUCACCACCAAAUUGUCGGCCAGAAUGCGUUGUUAGUUCUGAAUGUGGCCAAGAUCGGGCGUGUAUCAAUGAAAAGUGCAAGGAUCCAUGUCCCGGCACUUGUGGUAUACAUGCUCGAUGCCAAGUGGUGGUACACAAUCCGAUAUGCAGUUGCCCACCUGGUUACACCGGUGAUCCCUUUGUAAGCUGCAUCCCGGAAGAGAGACGACCAGUAGUGUCAGAACCACCCAGAGAUCCCUGCGUACCCUCACCCUGUGGACCAAAUUCGCAAUGUCGCGCAGUAGACAUCACUCCCGUUUGUACUUGUCUCCCCAAUUACAUUGGUCGUGCACCAAAUUGUCGUCCCGAAUGCACAAGUAAUUCCGAAUGUCCUGGAUACUUUGCAUGUAUCAAUGAGAGAUGCAAAGAUCCUUGUCCCGGUUCGUGCGGAAACUUUGCAACGUGCACAACAGUCAAACAUCGUCCAAUUUGUCGUUGCGUUGAGGACUACUCCGGAGAUCCAUUUACUGGAUGUACUCCGAUUGCUAUUAUCCGACAACCUGAAAUCCUUAUGCCAUGCUCCCCAUCGCCAUGCGGUAUUAAUGCCAUUUGCCAGGAACGCAAUGGUGCAGGAAGUUGCUCAUGUAUUCCUGAAUAUUUCGGUGAUCCCUACGUUGAGUGCCGCCCUGAAUGUGUUCUCAAUGCUGACUGUGCCAAAAAUCGCGCGUGCGUUAAUCAAAAAUGCCGUGACCCAUGUCCCGGUGUUUGUGGCCUCAAUGCUGAAUGCAGUGUUAUCAAUCAUGCACCUGCCUGUAUGUGCCUUCCCGGGUUCACCGGAAAUCCUUCUCUAUCGUGCCAUGAAAUUCCCAGAAUUGCCGAACCAGCGAUUCCUAUUCAUCCAUGUCGUCCAUCUCCAUGUGGGCCGUUCAGUGAAUGCCGCGAAGUGAACGAUCAUGCGGUAUGUUCUUGCCAGAAGAACUAUAUCGGAGCUCCACCAUCCUGUCGUCCCGAAUGUACUGUCAGCACAGAAUGUAGCCAAGAUAAAUCCUGCAUAAAUCUUAAAUGCGUAGAUCCUUGCCCGGGAACUUGUGGCAUUCAUGCUAGAUGCCAAGUAACGAAUCACAAUCCAAUCUGUAGUUGUCCACCGGGAUCAACUGGAGAUCCAUUUGUACAAUGUGUCCCAGAAGAAAGACGACCAACCCCAGUUGAACCCAUUAAUCCGUGCAUACCCUCACCGUGUGGUCCGUAUUCUCAGUGUAGAGCUGUUGGACCUACCCCAGUUUGCACGUGUUUACCAAACUACAUUGGACGAGCACCUCAGUGUCGUCCUGAGUGCGUCCUCAAUGCUGACUGUCCUGCCAAUCAAGCGUGCGUUAAUGAGCGAUGUAAAGAUCCUUGUCCAGGAUCAUGCGGUUUUAAUGCUCUCUGCCAUGUUGUUAAACACUCUCCAGUCUGUACGUGCCAAAAUGGCUUCACAGGCGAUCCCUUCUCAGGCUGUCAGCCUAUUCCAAUAACCCCUCCAACGGAAGAACCGCGAAACCCGUGCAAUCCCUCACCUUGUGGGGCUAAUGCAGUAUGCAAAGAACGCAAUGGUGCAGGGUCAUGUACCUGUCUUCCGGAUUACUUUGGUGAUCCUUACACGGGAUGUCGUCCGGAAUGCGUUACCAACAAUGACUGUGCUCGCGACAGAGCGUGUCUCAAUCAGAAAUGUCGAGAUCCCUGCCCUGGAGUCUGUGGACUCAAUGCUGAAUGUCGCGUUGUUAAUCAUGCUCCAAGUUGCGUUUGUCUUCCUGGAUUCACGGGAAAUCCCUUGACAUCCUGUCACGAACCUCCACCUCCACCCAAACAACAUGAACCAGUAAAUCCGUGCAUUCCUUCUCCCUGCGGACCAAAUAGUCAGUGUCGAGAAAUCAAUGGUCAUGCCGUGUGCUCAUGCCAAACAAAUUAUAUCGGUGUCCCACCAAACUGUCGUCCUGAAUGCAUGAUAAGCUCUGAAUGUUCCCAAGAUAAGGCUUGCAUAAAUCAGAGAUGUGUUGACCCUUGUCCGGGUACGUGUGGUGUUGGCGCACACUGCAUGGUGAUCAACCACAAUCCGAUCUGUUCUUGCUCACCUGGAUAUGUGGGUGAUCCAUUUGUGCGGUGUAUUUUGGAAGAGAAACGUCCUGUUGUGGUACCCACCGGUGAUCCCUGUGUACCCUCUCCCUGUGGACCAAAUAGCCAAUGUCGUGCUGUUGGUGAAACGGCUGCGUGUUCCUGCUUACCAAAUUACAUUGGCAAAGCACCCAAUUGUCGACCCGAAUGCACCAUUAAUGCCGAAUGCUCACCAAGUUUGGCAUGCAUCAAUGAGCGGUGCAAGGAUCCGUGCAUUGGUUCGUGCGGAGCCAAUGCUCGUUGCACUGUUAUUAGUCACAAUCCCGUGUGUCAGUGUGAUGUUGGAUUCACUGGCGAUCCCUUUGCCAUUUGUACUGAAAUACCAAGAUCUCAACCUGUUCCGGAAGUACGAAAUCCCUGCAAUCCAUCACCCUGUGGUGCUAAUGCUGUAUGCAAAGAAAGAAAUGGCGCAGGAAGUUGUGCCUGCCUCCCAGAAUACUACGGGGAUCCUUACAGUGGAUGUCGUCCGGAAUGUGUUCAAAAUUCAGACUGUGAUCGAUCAAAGGCUUGCGUUAAUAACAAAUGCCGCGAUCCAUGUCCAGGAGUGUGUGGUGUCAAUGCUGACUGCCAAGUACAUAACCAUGCACCAACUUGCUUCUGCAUUCCUGGCUAUACUGGUGAUCCGUCAACUGUCUGUAGAAUCAUUGAACCAGUAACAACCCCACCGCCUACAAAUCCCUGCCAACCCUCACCCUGUGGUCCAAAUAGUGUAUGCCGCGAGGUGAACAAUCACGCUGUGUGUUCAUGUCAACCCAAUUUCCGUGGAUCGCCACCCAAUUGCCGGCCAGAAUGCGUUGUCAGUUCUGAAUGUACGCAAGAUAAGGCUUGCGUUAAUCAGAAAUGCGUAGAUCCAUGCCCCGGUACAUGUGGCAUCAAUGCCAAGUGCCAGGUUGUGAAUCACAGUCCAAUCUGUAGCUGUGCCAAGGGUUACACCGGCGAUCCAUUUGUACGAUGUUCCCAAGUCGAAUUACCACCCCCCUCGAGAGAUUCGGGUAAUCCUUGUAUCCCAUCACCUUGUGGGCCAAAUAGUCAGUGUAGGGUGAUUGGGGAUCAAGCUGCAUGUUCCUGCAUGCCCAAUUACGUGGGUAGGUCGCCAAAUUGUCGCCCUGAGUGUACCAUCAAUGCUGAAUGCCCAAGCAAUUUGGCAUGUGUGAAUGAGAGGUGUAAAGACCCCUGUCCAGGUUCAUGUGGGCAAAAUGCUCUGUGUAGUGUGAUAAAACAUAAUCCUGUUUGCACGUGUACCCAAGGCUAUGAAGGAGAUCCUCUUGUCCAAUGCAGUCCUGCAUUACCUCCAUCAACUGAACGGGCUCCUCCUCCAACACCUUGUAUACCAUCUCCAUGUGGACCAAAUGCUGAGUGUAGGGAACGUAAUGGUGCAGGAGCUUGCUUCUGCCAUGAAGGUUUCGAAGGAAAUCCCUACGAUGCCACAAAGGGAUGUCGUCAGGAGUGUGAAGUCAAUCAAGAUUGUGCUCCUCAACUUGCAUGUGUUCGCAAUAAGUGCGUUGAUCCGUGCAUUGGAACAUGUGGAACCUAUGCUAUCUGCACAGUGGAAAAUCAUUUCCCCGUUUGCACAUGUCCACCAGGCUAUACAGGAGAUCCAUUCUUCCUGUGUCGCGAAGAACCUGUUACGCAACCACCAAGGCGAACUGAAAAUCCCUGCAUUCCAACACCGUGUGGUCCAAACAGCAAUUGUAGGACUGUUAAUGAGCAAGCAGUUUGCUCAUGUCAGCCAACCUACAUCGGUACACCACCACAGUGCCGUCCAGAGUGUGUUGUAAAUUCCGAAUGUCCCGCAGAUAGGGCAUGCAUUAAUCAGAGAUGCUCUGAUCCUUGUCCAAAUACAUGCGGUAUUCAAGCUCAGUGCUCAACAAGGAAUCACAAUCCAAUCUGUGCUUGUCCACCUGGCUUCACUGGGGAUCCAUUUGCUCAGUGCACAAGGAUUCCAAUUGUGCCACAACCAACAACAACCGAGAGACCACCUUCAUGUACACCAUCCCCAUGUGGACCCAAUUCAAAAUGUCAGAUUGUUGGUGGCAACCCAGCUUGCUCGUGUCUGGAGGAUUACGUUGGCAGCCCACCAAAUUGCCGACCAGAGUGUGUUCUCAAUUCCGAAUGUAGUGGCCCAUUUGCGUGUAUUAAUCAGAAAUGCAAGGAUCCUUGUCCAGGAUCGUGUGGUUUUGAUGCUAAAUGCCAUGUUCUCAAUCAUGUUCCCAUCUGCACGUGCAAUGAUGGCUUUGAAGGUGAUCCCUUCAUUAGAUGCAAUAGAAUUCCACCAACAACUUUACCACCAAUUGUAUCCGAUCCUUGCAACCCAUCACCAUGUGGACCCAACACGCAUUGCAACAAUGGAGAGUGCACGUGUAUUGCGGAGUACGUAGGCAAUCCUUAUGAAGGAUGUCGCCCAGAAUGCGUUCUCAGUUCAGACUGUAGUCGUGACAAGGCCUGUCUCCGCAACAAAUGUCGCGAUCCAUGCCCAGGAACGUGUGGUCAGAAUGCCAAGUGCGAAGUUGUCAAUCACAUUCCGAUUUGCUCCUGCCCAACUGGAUACACCGGAGAUCCAUUCAGUCACUGUCGUGUCGUGGAAAUUGUUCCAGAACCUAAACGAGACCCGUGCAAUCCAUCACCAUGUGGACCAAAUAGUCAAUGUCGCCAAAUCAGUGAUCAAGCUGUGUGCUCAUGCCUUCAAGGAUUUAUCGGAGCUCCACCACAGUGUAGACCUGAAUGUAUCAUUAGUAGUGAAUGCUCACAAACACAGGCCUGUAUCAAUCAGAAAUGUGUGGAUCCAUGCAGAGGAGCUUGCGGAGUGAAUGCUAGAUGCGAAGUCAUAAAUCAUAGUCCCAUUUGCAGUUGCAGUGCAGGACAAACUGGUGAUCCAUUUAGCAGUUGCCAACCGCUUCCACCACCACCAGCCCCCAAGGAAGAACCUAUUGCUCACGAUCCUUGCAACCCAUCACCAUGUGGUCCCAAUUCAAUUUGUCGCGCAAGUGCUAGUGGUGCUCCAUCUUGCCAAUGUAUCGCUGGAUACGUGGGUGCUCCACCAAAUUGUCGACCGGAAUGUGUCAUUAAUCCCGACUGUCCGAGUCAUCAAGCUUGUGUUAAUAAUAAAUGCGUAGACCCAUGCCCAGGAUCGUGUGGAACAAAUGCAGAAUGUCGUGUAAUUUCUCAUGCAGUAGUCUGCACAUGUUCCGCCGGCUAUACUGGAAAUCCAUUUGUGCAAUGCGUUGUGCAGCAACAGGAAAGAAUAAAUCCUUGUGAACCCUCACCAUGUGGACCCAAUGCUGAGUGCAUUCGUCGUAAUGAUGCUGGUGCAUGCAAAUGCAUUGAGGAUUACCAAGGAAAUCCUUAUGAAGGAUGCCGACCGGAAUGCGUUCUCAGUUCUGACUGUCCUACCGACAAAGCGUGCAUCCGGAACAAGUGUGGUGAUCCUUGUCCAGGAGUUUGUGGUGAAAAUGCUCAAUGUCAAGUUAUCAAUCAUGUACCACGAUGCUCAUGCUUUGACGGCUACAUCGGUGAUCCAUUCACACGGUGUCAAUUGCGACCCGUUGAACCUGUUACAGUGCAACCUGUUGAUCCGUGCAAUCCAUCACCAUGUGGUCCAAAUGCUAGGUGUCGUGUAUCCAAUGGGGUUGCUGUGUGCUCAUGCGAAGCUGAAUAUAUAGGAGCACCACCAAAUUGCCGUCCUGAGUGUACAGUAAAUGCAGAAUGUCCAUCAAAUAAAGCGUGCCAUAAAUUCAAAUGUGCCAAUCCCUGCCACGGAACGUGUGGCUUCAAUGCCAGAUGCGAAGUCAUCAAUCAUAACCCAAUCUGCAGCUGUCCACCAGACAUGACAGGGGAUCCAUUCACGAGAUGUACACCUGUGGUGAAACAAGAACCUCCACCACAACCAAGACCAGUUGAUCCUUGCAACCCAUCACCGUGUGGUCUGUAUGCUGACUGCCAAGCCCUACAGGGUUCACCGUCAUGUUCCUGCAAAUUUGGCUAUAUUGGAUCACCACCUAAUUGCCGUCCCGAAUGUGUUGUUAACACCGAUUGCUCAUCCAGUAGAGCGUGUAUUGCUGAGAAAUGUCGCGAUCCAUGUGAGGGUUCGUGUGGAUUCAAUUCGGAAUGCCGUGUUCAGAAUCACAUUCCAAUCUGUACUUGUCGUCCAGGUUUCACUGGUGAUCCAUUUACGCAGUGUACAGAAAUAAUUGAACGUCUCCCACCUGUUACACCAUCACCUGAUCCAUGCGAUCCAUCACCAUGUGGAUCAAAUGCCAACUGUCGCAAUGGAAUUUGCUCUUGCAUUCCGAAUUACCUGGGCGAUCCUUAUACAGGAUGCCGUCCUGAGUGCACAAUGAAUACGGACUGCUCACCCAAUAAGGCAUGUGUUAAUACAAGAUGCAUAGAUCCGUGCCCCGGAACUUGUGGACAAGAUGCAAAAUGCGAAGUAUACAAUCACAUACCAACGUGCAGUUGUCCACCUGGCUUCCGUGGAGAUCCAUUUGUACUGUGUCGCCAAGUGCCAAUUGUUCAAGAACCAAUCAAUCCAUGCAACCCAUCGCCAUGUGGUCCCAAUGCCAUUUGUCGUGAAGCAAAUGGAGCAGCCGUUUGCACGUGUCAACCACGAAUGAUUGGUGCUCCACCAAGCUGUCGUCCAGAAUGCGUUGUGAGUGCAGAAUGCGCCUUACAACAAGCUUGCUUGAAUAACAGAUGCCAAGAUCCUUGCCCAGGAACAUGUGGACAGAAUGCCAAAUGCCAAGUGAUAAAUCACAAUCCAAUUUGUUCAUGUAGUCCCGGUUACACUGGUGAUCCAUUCUCACGAUGCUAUGAAAUGCCACGAUUGCCACCAGAACCAAUAAAUGUGUGUGCUCCUUCACCAUGUGGACCAAAUGCAGAGUGUAGAGAUGUAGCUGGCACACCGGCUUGCUCCUGCCUUCCAAGCUACAUUGGAACACCUCCAGGAUGUCGUCCAGAGUGUACUAUCAAUCCUGAGUGUCCAUCAACGAAAGCUUGUAUGAAUCAACGAUGUGCUGAUCCUUGUCCAGGAUCCUGUGGAACAAAUGCAAGAUGCUCAGUGAUAAAUCACACACCGAUUUGUACAUGUGAAACAGGAUACACCGGAGAUCCGUUCUCAGGCUGCGUCCUCAGACAAGUUGAAUACCCUAAGGAAAACAUAAAUCCAUGCCUCCCAAGUCCAUGUGGUGCAAACGCCAUAUGUAGAGAACAAAAUGGAGCAGGAAGCUGUUCAUGCCUUCCAGAAUAUAUUGGAAAUCCUUAUGAAGGAUGCAGACCCGAAUGUGUACUGAAUUCUGAUUGCCCCUCGAACAAAGCAUGUAUUCGGAAUAAAUGCAAUGACCCAUGUCCUGGAACUUGUGGCCAAAAUGCCGAUUGCCAAGUUGUCAAUCACCUUCCCUCAUGUACCUGCCGACCAGGAUAUACCGGUGAUCCAUUCCGUUACUGCAACGUAAUCCCACCUGAGAGAAUUGUAACUGAAUACGUUAAUCCAUGCCAACCCUCACCUUGCGGUCCAAAUAGUCAAUGUCGUGAAGUGAAUGGACAAGCGGUUUGUUCUUGCCUUCCGACUUAUGUAGGAAGCCCACCUGGUUGUAGGCCUGAAUGUGUUGUUAGCUCCGAAUGUCCGCUUGAUAAGGCGUGCGUUAAUCAAAAGUGUGUUGAUCCUUGCCCUGGAACAUGUGGAACGAAUGCCAAUUGCCGCGUAAACAAUCACAGCCCCAUCUGUACUUGCCAAUCAGGCUAUACUGGAGAUCCUUUCUCCAGAUGCUAUCCAAUUCCUCCACCCCCAGUGGAACCCGCCAGGGAAGAAUAUAGAGAUCCUUGCAAUCCUUCACCUUGUGGUCCCAAUUCUCAGUGCCGUGACAUAAAUGGGUCACCAUCAUGUUCUUGUCUUGCUACCUACAUUGGAACUCCACCAAACUGCAGGCCUGAGUGUACAAUCAAUUCCGAAUGUCAGAGCAGUUUAGCUUGCAUUAGAGAGAAAUGUCGAGAUCCAUGUCCUGGAUCUUGUGGCGUAAAUGCUAGAUGUUCUGUAAUAAAUCAUACACCUAUCUGCGUUUGUCCUGAAGGAUAUACCGGAGAUCCAUUUACAAGUUGUCACCCUGCUCCUCCCCCACCAAGAGAACCCGUUCUGGAUGAUCCUUGCAAUCCAUCUCCGUGUGGCGCUAAUGCGCAAUGUCGCGAUGGCAUUUGCACGUGUCUGCCUGAAUAUCAGGGUGAUCCUUAUAGAGGCUGUCGUCCCGAAUGUGUUUUGAAUUCGGACUGUCCCAGAAACAAAGCUUGUCUACGAAGCAAAUGCGCCGAUCCUUGCCCUGGAACCUGUGGCUUGAAUGCCAUUUGUGAAGUUAUCAAUCACAUCCCAAUGUGCACUUGUCCUUCAGGAAUGACUGGCAAUGCCUUUGUCCAGUGUCGACAGGAACCAAGUAAAUAUCCUGUUACCAAUACUCCCUCUUCAGAUCCAAAUAACCCCUAUUUCUCUUACCCCCAAUCACCUGUAGCUCCUGUUAUUACAAACCCAUGCAAUCCCUCGCCCUGCGGUCCCAACAGUCAGUGUCGCGAAAUCAACGGACAAGCCGUAUGCUCAUGCGUACCUGGAUACAUAGGAAGCCCACCUACGUGCCGACCUGAAUGUAUUGUGAACUCAGAUUGUAGUGCCAAUGAAGCAUGUCAAAAUCAGAAAUGUCGCGACCCAUGUCCAGGAACCUGUGGAGUAGGUGCGAAAUGCACUGUGGUUAACCACAAUCCGAUUUGUAGUUGCCCUCCACGAUUUACUGGAGAUCCGUUUAUUCGUUGUCAACCCAUAAUUGAAACUCCAGUUGUUCAGGAACCCAUUAAUCCAUGCCAACCCUCACCCUGUGGACCCAAUGCUCAAUGUCAAGCUGUUGGAGAUUCUCCAUCUUGUUCAUGCCUUCAAGGUUUUAUUGGAUCUCCUCCAAAUUGCAGACCAGAAUGUGUUAGCAAUUCAGAAUGCUCCUUCAAUUUGGCCUGUAUUAAUCAAAAGUGUCGAGACCCGUGUCCAGGAGCAUGUGGACAAAAUGCCGAAUGCAGAGUAGUCAGUCACGCUCCAAUGUGCAUCUGUAUAGAAGGCUAUAUCGGAGAUCCGUUUACACAAUGCCAGCAACGUCAACAAGUUUAUCCAGUAGAACGUCCAACGCCUUGUACUCCAAGUCCUUGUGGGGCUAAUGCAAUCUGUAGAGAACAAAACGGAGCAGGAAGUUGUUCAUGCCUUCCUGAAUACAUUGGGAAUCCUUACGAAGGCUGUAGGCCCGAGUGUGUACUGAAUUCGGAUUGUCCCUCAAACAAAGCAUGUAUUCGGAACAAAUGUCAAGAUCCUUGCCCUGGAACUUGCGGUCAAAAUGCUGACUGUCAAGUUGUAAAUCACCUCCCCUCGUGUACCUGCCGUCCAGGAUAUACCGGCGAUCCAUUCCGCUACUGUAAUAUAAUUCCCCCAGAAAGAAUCGAACACGAAUACGUAAAUCCAUGCCAGCCCUCACCUUGCGGUCCAAAUAGUCAAUGUCGUGAAGUGAAUGGACAAGCGGUUUGUUCUUGCCUUCCGACUUAUGUAGGAAGCCCACCUGGUUGUAGGCCUGAAUGUGUUGUUAGCUCCGAAUGUCCGCUUGAUAAGGCGUGCGUUAAUCAAAAGUGUGUUGAUCCUUGCCCUGGAACAUGUGGAACGAAUGCCAAUUGCCGCGUAAACAAUCACAGCCCCAUCUGUACUUGCCAGUCAGGCUAUACUGGAGAUCCUUUCUCCAGAUGCUAUCCAAUUCCUCCACCCCCAGUGGAACCCGCCAGGGAAGAAUAUAGAGAUCCUUGCAAUCCUUCACCUUGUGGUCCCAAUUCUCAGUGCCGUGACAUAAAUGGGUCACCAUCAUGUUCUUGUCUUGCUACCUACAUUGGAACUCCACCAAACUGCAGGCCUGAGUGUACAAUCAAUUCCGAAUGUCAGAGCAGCUUAGCUUGCAUUAGAGAGAAAUGUCGAGAUCCAUGUCCUGGAUCUUGUGGCGUAAAUGCUAGAUGUUCUGUAAUAAAUCAUACACCUAUCUGCGUUUGUCCUGAAGGAUAUACCGGAGAUCCAUUUACAAGUUGUCACCCUGCUCCUCCCCCACCAAGAGAACCCGUUCUGGAUGAUCCUUGCAAUCCAUCUCCGUGUGGCGCUAAUGCGCAAUGUCGCGAUGGCAUUUGCACGUGUCUGCCUGAAUAUCAGGGUGAUCCUUAUAGAGGCUGUCGUCCCGAAUGUGUUUUGAAUUCGGACUGUCCCAGAAACAAAGCUUGUCUACGAAGCAAAUGCGCCGAUCCUUGCCCUGGAACCUGUGGCUUGAAUGCCAUUUGUGAAGUUAUCAAUCACAUCCCAAUGUGCACUUGUCCUUCAGGAAUGACAGGCAAUGCCUUUGUCCAGUGUCGACAGGAACCAACUCCUGUUAUUACAAACCCAUGCAAUCCCUCGCCCUGCGGUCCCAACAGUCAGUGUCGCGAAAUCAACGGACAAGCCGUAUGCUCAUGCGUACCUGGAUACAUAGGAAGCCCACCUACGUGCCGACCUGAAUGUAUUGUGAACUCAGAUUGUAGUGCCAAUGAAGCAUGUCAAAAUCAGAAAUGUCGCGACCCAUGUCCAGGAACCUGUGGAGUAGGUGCGAAAUGCACUGUGGUUAACCACAAUCCGAUUUGUAGUUGCCCUCCACGAUUUACUGGAGAUCCGUUUAUUCGUUGUCAACCCAUAAUUGAAACUCCAGUUGUUCAGGAACCCAUUAAUCCAUGCCAACCCUCACCCUGUGGACCCAAUGCUCAAUGUCAAGCUGUUGGAGAUUCUCCAUCUUGUUCAUGCCUUCAAGGUUUUAUUGGAUCUCCUCCAAAUUGCAGACCAGAAUGUGUUAGCAAUUCAGAAUGCUCCUUCAACUUGGCCUGUAUUAAUCAAAAGUGUCGAGACCCGUGUCCAGGAGCAUGUGGACAAAAUGCCGAAUGCAGAGUGGUCAGUCAUGCUCCAAUGUGCAUCUGUAUAGAAGGCUAUAUCGGAGAUCCGUUUACACAAUGCCAGCAACGUCAACAAGUUUAUCCAGUAGAACGUCCAACGCCUUGUACUCCAAGUCCUUGUGGGGCUAAUGCAAUCUGUAGAGAACAAAACGGAGCAGGAAGUUGUUCAUGCCUUCCUGAAUACAUUGGGAAUCCUUACGAAGGCUGUAGGCCCGAGUGUGUACUGAAUUCGGAUUGUCCCUCAAACAAAGCAUGUAUUCGGAACAAAUGUCAAGAUCCUUGCCCUGGAACUUGCGGUCAAAAUGCUGACUGUCAAGUUGUAAAUCACCUCCCCUCGUGUACCUGCCGUCCAGGAUAUACCGGCGAUCCAUUCCGCUACUGUAAUAUAAUUCCCCCAGAAAGAAUCGAACACGAAUACGUAAAUCCAUGCCAGCCCUCACCUUGCGGUCCAAAUAGUCAAUGUCGUGAAGUGAAUGGACAAGCGGUUUGUUCUUGCCUUCCGACUUAUGUAGGAAGCCCACCUGGUUGUAGGCCUGAAUGUGUUGUUAGCUCCGAAUGUCCGCUUGAUAAGGCGUGCGUUAAUCAAAAGUGUGUUGAUCCUUGCCCUGGAACAUGUGGAACGAAUGCCAAUUGCCGCGUAAACAAUCACAGCCCCAUCUGUACUUGCCAGUCAGGCUAUACUGGAGAUCCUUUCUCCAGAUGCUAUCCAAUUCCUCCACCCCCAGUGGAACCCGCCAGGGAAGAAUAUAGAGAUCCUUGCAAUCCCUCACCUUGUGGUCCCAAUUCUCAGUGCCGUGACAUAAAUGGGUCACCAUCAUGUUCUUGUCUUGCUACCUACAUUGGAACUCCACCAAACUGCAGGCCUGAGUGUACAAUCAAUUCCGAAUGUCAGAGCAGCUUAGCUUGCAUUAGAGAGAAAUGUCGAGAUCCAUGUCCUGGAUCUUGUGGCGUAAAUGCUAGAUGUUCUGUAAUAAAUCAUACACCUAUCUGCGUUUGUCCUGAAGGAUAUACCGGAGAUCCAUUUACAAGUUGUCACCCUGCUCCUCCCCCACCAAGAGAACCCGUUCUGGAUGAUCCUUGCAAUCCAUCUCCGUGUGGCGCUAAUGCGCAAUGUCGCGAUGGCAUUUGCACGUGUCUGCCUGAAUAUCAGGGUGAUCCUUAUAGAGGCUGUCGUCCCGAAUGUGUUUUGAAUUCGGACUGUCCCAGAAACAAAGCUUGUCUACGAAGCAAAUGCGCCGAUCCUUGCCCUGGAACCUGUGGCUUGAAUGCCAUUUGUGAAGUUAUCAAUCACAUCCCAAUGUGCACUUGUCCUUCAGGAAUGACAGGCAAUGCCUUUGUCCAGUGUCGACAGGAACCAACUCCUGUUAUUACAAACCCAUGCAAUCCCUCGCCCUGCGGUCCCAACAGUCAGUGUCGCGAAAUCAACGGACAAGCCGUAUGCUCAUGCGUACCUGGAUACAUAGGAAGCCCACCUACGUGCCGACCUGAAUGUAUUGUGAACUCAGAUUGUAGUGCCAAUGAAGCAUGUCAAAAUCAGAAAUGUCGCGACCCAUGUCCAGGAACCUGUGGAGUAGGUGCGAAAUGCACUGUGGUUAACCACAAUCCGAUUUGUAGUUGCCCUCCACGAUUUACUGGAGAUCCGUUUAUUCGUUGUCAACCCAUAAUUGAAACUCCAGUUGUUCAGGAACCCAUUAAUCCAUGCCAACCCUCACCCUGUGGACCCAAUGCUCAAUGUCAAGCUGUUGGAGAUUCUCCAUCUUGUUCAUGCCUUCAAGGUUUUAUUGGAUCUCCUCCAAAUUGCAGACCAGAAUGUGUUAGCAAUUCAGAAUGCUCCUUCAACUUGGCCUGUAUUAAUCAAAAGUGUCGAGACCCGUGUCCAGGAGCAUGUGGACAAAAUGCCGAAUGCAGAGUGGUCAGUCAUGCUCCAAUGUGCAUCUGUAUAGAAGGCUAUAUCGGAGAUCCGUUUACACAAUGCCAGCAACGUCAACAAGUUUAUCCAGUAGAACGUCCAACGCCUUGUACUCCAAGUCCUUGUGGGGCUAAUGCAAUCUGUAGAGAACAAAACGGAGCAGGAAGUUGUUCAUGCCUUCCUGAAUACAUUGGGAAUCCUUACGAAGGCUGUAGGCCCGAGUGUGUACUGAAUUCGGAUUGUCCCUCAAACAAAGCAUGUAUUCGGAACAAAUGUCAAGAUCCUUGCCCUGGAACUUGCGGUCAAAAUGCUGACUGUCAAGUUGUAAAUCACCUCCCCUCGUGUACCUGCCGUCCAGGAUAUACCGGCGAUCCAUUCCGCUACUGUAAUAUAAUUCCCCCAGAAAGAAUCGAACACGAAUACGUAAAUCCAUGCCAGCCCUCACCUUGCGGUCCAAAUAGUCAAUGUCGUGAAGUGAAUGGACAAGCGGUUUGUUCUUGCCUUCCGACUUAUGUAGGAAGCCCACCUGGUUGUAGGCCUGAAUGUGUUGUUAGCUCCGAAUGUCCGCUUGAUAAGGCGUGCGUUAAUCAAAAGUGUGUUGAUCCUUGCCCUGGAACAUGUGGAACGAAUGCCAAUUGCCGCGUAAACAAUCACAGCCCCAUCUGUACUUGCCAGUCAGGCUAUACUGGAGAUCCUUUCUCCAGAUGCUAUCCAAUUCCUCCACCCCCAGUGGAACCCGCCAGGGAAGAAUAUAGAGAUCCUUGCAAUCCCUCACCUUGUGGUCCCAAUUCUCAGUGCCGUGACAUAAAUGGGUCACCAUCAUGUUCUUGUCUUGCUACCUACAUUGGAACUCCACCAAACUGCAGGCCUGAGUGUACAAUCAAUUCCGAAUGUCAGAGCAGCUUAGCUUGCAUUAGAGAGAAAUGUCGUCCAUGUCCUGGAUCUUGUGGCGUAAAUGCUAGAUGUUCUGUAAUAAAUCAUACACCUAUCUGCGUUUGUCCUGAAGGAUAUACCGGAGAUCCAUUUACAAGUUGUCACCCUGCUCCUCCCCCACCAAGAGAACCCGUUCUGGAUGAUCCUUGCAAUCCCUCUCCAUGUGGCGCUAAUGCGCAAUGUCGCGAUGGCAUUUGCACGUGUCUGCCUGAAUAUCAGGGUGAUCCUUAUAGAGGCUGUCGUCCCGAAUGUGUUUUGAAUUCGGACUGUCCCAGAAACAAAGCUUGUCUACGAAGCAAAUGCGCCGAUCCUUGCCCUGGAACCUGUGGCUUGAAUGCCAUUUGUGAAGUUAUCAAUCACAUCCCAAUGUGCACUUGUCCUUCAGGAAUGACAGGCAAUGCCUUUGUCCAGUGUCGACAGGAACCAACUCCUGUUAUUACAAACCCAUGCAAUCCCUCGCCCUGCGGUCCCAACAGUCAGUGUCGCGAAAUCAACGGACAAGCCGUAUGCUCAUGCGUACCUGGAUACAUAGGAAGCCCACCUACGUGCCGACCUGAAUGUAUUGUGAACUCAGAUUGUAGUGCCAAUGAAGCAUGUCAAAAUCAGAAAUGUCGCGACCCAUGUCCAGGAACCUGUGGAGUAGGUGCGAAAUGCACUGUGGUUAACCACAAUCCGAUUUGUAGUUGCCCUCCACGAUUUACUGGAGAUCCGUUUAUUCGUUGUCAACCCAUAAUUGAAACUCCAGUUGUUCAGGAACCCAUUAAUCCAUGCCAACCCUCACCCUGUGGACCCAAUGCUCAAUGUCAAGCUGUUGGAGAUUCUCCAUCUUGUUCAUGCCUCCAAGGUUUUAUUGGAUCUCCUCCAAAUUGUAGACCAGAAUGUGUUAGCAAUUCAGAAUGCUCCUUCAAUUUGGCCUGUAUUAAUCAAAAGUGUCGAGACCCGUGUCCAGGAGCAUGUGGACAAAAUGCCGAAUGCAGAGUAGUCAGUCACGCUCCAAUGUGCAUCUGUAUAGAAGGCUAUAUCGGAGAUCCGUUUACACAAUGCCAGCAACGUCAACAAGUUUAUCCAGUAGAACGUCCAACGCCUUGUACUCCAAGUCCUUGUGGGGCUAAUGCAAUCUGUAGAGAACAAAACGGAGCAGGAAGUUGUUCAUGCCUUCCUGAAUACAUUGGGAAUCCUUACGAAGGCUGUAGGCCCGAGUGUGUACUGAAUUCGGAUUGUCCCUCAAACAAAGCAUGUAUUCGGAACAAAUGUCAAGAUCCUUGCCCUGGAACUUGCGGUCAAAAUGCUGACUGUCAAGUUGUAAAUCACCUCCCCUCGUGUACCUGCCGUCCAGGAUAUACCGGCGAUCCAUUCCGCUACUGUAAUAUAAUUCCCCCAGAAAGAAUCGAACACGAAUACGUAAAUCCAUGCCAGCCCUCACCUUGCGGUCCAAAUAGUCAAUGUCGUGAAGUGAAUGGACAAGCGGUUUGUUCUUGCCUUCCGACUUAUGUAGGAAGCCCACCUGGUUGUAGGCCUGAAUGUGUUGUUAGCUCCGAAUGUCCGCUUGAUAAGGCGUGCGUUAAUCAAAAGUGUGUUGAUCCUUGCCCUGGAACAUGUGGAACGAAUGCCAAUUGCCGCGUAAACAAUCACAGCCCCAUCUGUACUUGCCAGUCAGGCUAUACUGGAGAUCCUUUCUCCAGAUGCUAUCCAAUUCCUCGUAAGAAUGACCAAGCUAAAGACUUUGUUGCAUUUUCUCACGGCCCCUAUUUUUUAGCACCCCCAGUGGAACCCGCCAGGGAAGAAUAUAGAGAUCCUUGCAAUCCCUCACCUUGUGGUCCCAAUUCUCAGUGCCGUGACAUAAAUGGGUCACCAUCAUGUUCUUGUCUUGCUACCUACAUUGGAACUCCACCAAACUGCAGGCCUGAGUGUACAAUCAAUUCCGAAUGUCAGAGCAGCUUAGCUUGCAUUAGAGAGAAAUGUCGAGAUCCAUGUCCUGGAUCAUGUGGCGUAAAUGCUAGAUGUUCUGUAAUAAAUCAUACACCUAUCUGCGUUUGUCCUGAAGGAUAUACCGGAGAUCCAUUUACAAGUUGUCACCCUGCUCCUCCCCCACCAAGAGAACCCGUUCUGGAUGAUCCUUGCAAUCCCUCUCCAUGUGGCGCUAAUGCGCAAUGUCGCGAUGGCAUUUGCACGUGUCUGCCUGAAUAUCAGGGUGAUCCUUAUAGAGGCUGUCGUCCCGAAUGUGUUUUGAAUUCGGACUGUCCCAGAAACAAAGCUUGUCUACGAAGCAAAUGCGCCGAUCCUUGCCCUGGAACCUGUGGCUUGAAUGCCAUUUGUGAAGUUAUCAAUCACAUCCCAAUGUGCACUUGUCCUUCAGGAAUGACAGGCAAUGCCUUUGUCCAGUGUCGACAGGAACCAACUCCUGUUAUUACAAACCCAUGCAAUCCCUCGCCCUGCGGUCCCAACAGUCAGUGUCGCGAAAUCAACGGACAAGCCGUAUGCUCAUGCGUACCUGGAUACAUAGGAAGCCCACCUACGUGCCGACCUGAAUGUAUUGUGAACUCAGAUUGUAGUGCCAAUGAAGCAUGUCAAAAUCAGAAAUGUCGCGACCCAUGUCCAGGAACCUGUGGAGUAGGUGCGAAAUGCACUGUGGUUAACCACAAUCCGAUUUGUAGUUGCCCUCCACGAUUUACUGGAGAUCCGUUUAUUCGUUGUCAACCCAUAAUUGAAACUCCAGUUGUUCAGGAACCCAUUAAUCCAUGCCAACCCUCACCCUGUGGACCCAAUGCUCAAUGUCAAGCUGUUGGAGAUUCUCCAUCUUGUUCAUGCCUCCAAGGUUUUAUUGGAUCUCCUCCUAAUUGUAGACCAGAAUGUGUUAGCAAUUCAGAAUGCUCCUUCAAUUUGGCCUGUAUUAAUCAAAAGUGUCGAGACCCGUGUCCAGGAGCAUGUGGACAAAAUGCCGAAUGCAGAGUAGUCAGUCACGCUCCAAUGUGCAUCUGUAUAGAAGGCUAUAUCGGAGAUCCGUUUACACAAUGCCAGCAACGUCAACAAGUUUAUCCAGUAGAACGUCCAACGCCUUGUACUCCAAGUCCUUGUGGGGCUAAUGCAAUCUGUAGAGAACAAAACGGAGCAGGAAGUUGUUCAUGCCUUCCUGAAUACAUUGGGAAUCCUUACGAAGGCUGUAGGCCCGAGUGUGUACUGAAUUCGGAUUGUCCCUCAAACAAAGCAUGUAUUCGGAACAAAUGUCAAGAUCCUUGCCCUGGAACUUGCGGUCAAAAUGCUGACUGUCAAGUUGUAAAUCACCUCCCCUCGUGUACCUGCCGUCCAGGAUAUACCGGCGAUCCAUUCCGCUACUGUAAUAUAAUUCCCCCAGAAAGAAUCGAACACGAAUACGUAAAUCCAUGCCAGCCCUCACCUUGCGGUCCAAAUAGUCAAUGUCGUGAAGUGAAUGGACAAGCGGUUUGUUCUUGCCUUCCGACUUAUGUAGGAAGCCCACCUGGUUGUAGGCCUGAAUGUGUUGUUAGCUCCGAAUGUCCGCUUGAUAAGGCGUGCGUUAAUCAAAAGUGUGUUGAUCCUUGCCCUGGAACAUGUGGAACGAAUGCCAAUUGCCGCGUAAACAAUCACAGCCCCAUCUGUACUUGCCAGUCAGGCUAUACUGGAGAUCCUUUCUCCAGAUGCUAUCCAAUUCCUCCACCCCCAGUGGAACCCGCCAGGGAAGAAUAUAGAGAUCCUUGCAAUCCCUCACCUUGUGGUCCCAAUUCUCAAUGUCGUGACAUAAAUGGGUCACCAUCAUGUUCUUGUCUUGCUACCUACAUUGGAACUCCACCAAACUGCAGGCCUGAGUGUACAAUCAAUUCCGAAUGUCAGAGCAGCUUAGCUUGCAUUAGAGAGAAAUGUCGAGAUCCAUGUCCUGGAUCAUGUGGCGUAAAUGCUAGAUGUUCUGUAAUAAAUCAUACACCUAUCUGCGUUUGUCCUGAAGGAUAUACCGGAGAUCCAUUUACAAGUUGUCACCCUGCUCCUCCCCCACCAAGAGAACCCGUUCUGGAUGAUCCUUGCAAUCCCUCUCCAUGUGGCGCUAAUGCGCAAUGUCGCGAUGGCACUUGCACGUGUCUGCCUGAAUAUCAGGGUGAUCCUUAUAGAGGCUGUCGUCCCGAAUGUGUUUUGAAUUCGGACUGUCCCAGAAACAAAGCUUGUCUACGAAGCAAAUGCGCCGAUCCUUGCCCUGGAACCUGUGGCUUGAAUGCCAUUUGUGAAGUUAUCAAUCACAUCCCAAUGUGCACUUGUCCUUUAGGAAUGACAGGCAAUGCCUUUGUCCAGUGUCGACAGGAACCAAGUAAAUAUCCUGUUACCAAUACUCCCUCUUCAGAUCCAAAUAACCCCUAUUUCUCUUACCCCCAAUCACCUGUAGCUCCUGUUAUUACAAACCCAUGCAAUCCCUCGCCCUGCGGUCCCAACAGUCAGUGUCGCGAAAUCAACGGACAAGCCGUAUGCUCAUGCGUACCUGGAUACAUAGGAAGCCCACCUACGUGCCGACCUGAAUGUAUUGUGAACUCAGAUUGUAGUGCCAAUGAAGCAUGUCAAAAUCAGAAAUGUCGUGACCCAUGUCCAGGAACCUGUGGAGUAGGUGCGAAAUGCACUGUGGUUAACCACAAUCCGAUUUGUAGUUGCCCUCCUCGUUUUACUGGAGAUCCGUUUAUCCGUUGUCAACCCAUAAUUGAAACUCCAGUUGUUCAGGAACCCAUUAAUCCAUGCCAAGCCUCACCCUGUGGACCCAAUGCUCAAUGUCAAGCUCUUGGAGAUUCUCCAUCUUGUUCAUGCCUCCAAGGUUUUAUUGGAUCUCCUCCUAAUUGUAGACCAGAAUGUGUUAGCAAUUCAGAAUGUUCCUUCAACUUGGCCUGUAUUAAUCAAAAGUGUCGAGACCCGUGUCCAGGAGCAUGUGGACAAAAUGCCGAAUGCAGAGUAGUCAGUCACGCUCCAAUGUGCAUCUGUAUAGAAGGCUAUAUCGGAGAUCCGUUCACACAAUGUCAAGUUCGCCAACAAGACUACCCUGUAGAAAGUGCAACACCGUGUAUUCCUAGUCCUUGUGGCGCUAAUGCAAUCUGUAGAGAACAAAACGGAGCAGGAAGUUGUUCAUGCCUUCCUGAAUACAUUGGGAAUCCUUACGAAGGCUGUAGGCCCGAGUGUGUACUGAAUUCGGAUUGUCCCUCAAACAAAGCAUGUAUUCGGAACAAAUGUCAAGAUCCUUGCCCUGGAACUUGCGGUCAAAAUGCUGACUGUCAAGUUGUAAAUCACCUCCCCUCGUGUACCUGCCGUCCAGGAUAUACCGGCGAUCCAUUCCGCUACUGUAAUAUAAUUCCCCCAGAAAGAAUCGAACACGAAUACGUAAAUCCAUGCCAGCCCUCACCUUGCGGUCCAAAUAGUCAAUGUCGUGAAGUGAAUGGACAAGCGAUUUGUUCUUGCCUUCCGACUUAUGUAGGAAGCCCACCUGGUUGUAGGCCUGAAUGUGUUGUUAGCUCCGAAUGUCCGCUUGAUAAGGCGUGCGUAAAUCAAAAGUGUGUUGACCCUUGCCCUGGAACAUGUGGAACGAAUGCCAAUUGCCGCGUAAACAAUCACAGCCCCAUCUGUACUUGCCAAUCUGGCUAUACUGGAGAUCCUUUCUCCAGAUGCUAUCCAAUUCCUCCACCUCCAGUGGAACCCGCCAGGGAAGAAUAUAGAGAUCCUUGCAAUCCUUCACCUUGUGGUCCCAAUUCUCAGUGCCGUGACAUAAAUGGGUCACCAUCAUGUUCUUGUCUUGCUACCUACAUUGGAACUCCACCAAACUGCAGGCCUGAGUGUACAAUCAAUUCCGAAUGUCAGAGCAGUUUAGCUUGCAUUAGAGAGAAAUGUCGAGAUCCAUGUCCUGGAUCUUGUGGCGUAAAUGCUAGAUGUUCUGUAAUAAAUCAUACACCUAUCUGCGUUUGUCCUGAAGGAUACACCGGAGAUCCAUUUACAAGUUGUCACCCUGCUCCUCCCCCACCAAGAGAACCCGUUCUGGAUGAUCCUUGCAAUCCAUCUCCAUGUGGCGCUAAUGCGCAAUGUCGCGAUGGCACUUGCACGUGUCUGCCUGAAUAUCAGGGUGAUCCUUAUAGAGGCUGUCGUCCCGAAUGUGUUUUGAAUUCGGACUGUCCCAGAAACAAAGCUUGUCUACGAAGCAAAUGCGCCGAUCCUUGCCCUGGAACCUGUGGCUUGAAUGCCAUUUGUGAAGUUAUCAAUCACGUCCCAAUGUGCACUUGUCCUUCAGGAAUGACAGGCAAUGCCUUUGUCCAGUGUCGACAGGAACCAACUCCUGUUAUUACAAACCCAUGCAAUCCCUCGCCCUGCGGUCCCAACAGUCAGUGUCGCGAAAUCAACGGACAAGCCGUAUGCUCAUGCGUACCUGGAUACAUAGGAAGCCCACCUACGUGCCGACCUGAAUGUAUUGUGAACUCAGAUUGUAGUGCCAAUGAAGCAUGUCAAAAUCAGAAAUGUCGCGACCCAUGUCCAGGAACCUGUGGAGUAGGUGCGAAAUGUACUGUGGUUAACCACAAUCCGAUUUGUAGUUGCCCUCCACGGUUUACUGGAGAUCCGUUUAGCCGUUGUCAACCCAUAAAACCCCCUCCAAGGAUAGAAUAUAUAGAUCCUUGUGUACCCUCUCCCUGUGGAUUCAACUCUAGAUGUAAUGUUGUAAAUGAGAAAGCUUCUUGUGCUUGUCUCGAUGGGUACUUUGGGUCGCCUCCCAAUUGUCGACCUGAGUGUAUAACAAAUUCCGAUUGCGCUUCCCAUUUGGCAUGCAUUAAUCAAAAAUGUAUUGAUCCGUGUAUUGGAAUUUGUGGGUUUGGUGCAGAAUGUCGAGCUGCUUUGCACUCGGCUAACUGCUACUGCCCCUCGGGUUAUACAGGGAAUCCAUUCUAUCAAUGUACAGAAAUACGAGUUGAACCAACACCACCGCCAAAGAUUCCAACACCUUGUCAACCAUCACCUUGCGGUAUAAACGCUCGAUGCCGUGUGGAUGGCAUUAAUGAAAUUUGUGAAUGCAUUCCUGAAUACCAUGGUAAUCCUUACGAAGGAUGCCGCCCGGAAUGUGUGGGUAACUCUGAGUGCCCAAUGAAUCGGGCUUGUAUUCGUAAUAAAUGUGUCGAUCCAUGCCCUGGAACUUGCGGUGUUGAAGCUGAGUGCUCUGUAACGAAUCACAUUCCAAUUUGCACAUGCCUACCAGGAACAACUGGAGAUGCAUUCCGACAGUGUAUUAGGACACCUGAGAGGGUAGAUCAGGUGGAAACGCGAGAUCCAUGCUAUCCUUCUCCAUGUGGUCUGAAUACACUCUGUAGACGUGCUGGCGAAAAUGCUCACUGUGAGUGCCUUAGUGGGUAUUUUGGUAAUCCAUUUGGUACUGGUUGUCGUCCCGAAUGCACCAUCAAUUCGGACUGUGCACGCAAUCUAGCGUGUAUAAAUACAAAAUGUGUGGAUCCCUGUCCAGGAGUCUGUGGCUACAGUGCUGAAUGUCAUGUGAUCAAUCACAGUCCAAUCUGUUCGUGCUCAGCUAAUAGGAUUGGUGAUCCAUUUGUGGAAUGCAAAGUACCCCUGGCUGAACCAGUUGAUCCUUGCAAUCCUUCACCGUGUGCUGCUAAUGGAUUCUGUCGUGUACACAACGGAGCUCCCGUUUGUACAUACCCCGAAUGCGUCAUUAAUUCUGAUUGCUCAAGAGAUCGGGCUUGCUUCAAUCAAAGAUGCCGUGACCCAUGCAUCGAUGCUUGCGGUCUAAGUGCCAUAUGUACGGCUAUUAAUCACAAAGCUGUCUGCUCGUGUCCACCAGGAUUUGCAGGAUCUCCAUUUGUCGAGUGCUACAGGCACAUUGAGCCAACCGUUCGACCAGAAUGCGUGAGCGAUAGUGAGUGUUCAAAUGAUAAGGCGUGUAUUAAUCAGAAAUGCGUGAAUCCCUGCCUGGAAUCCAAUGGAGGACUAUGUGGUCAGAAUGCUGAGUGCCAUGUCAGAGUACAUCGACCAGUGUGUGUAUGUCGUAGCGGCUUCACAGGAAAUGCCCAUCUAGCAUGCUUCGAAAUUGGAUGUCGCUCUGAUUCAGAUUGCCCAGUUACGCAGGCAUGCGUUAAUCGUGAAUGCGUCGAACCAUGCUCGUACACACAAUGCGGUACCAAUGCAAUCUGUAGAUCUGAUUACAAUCACAAGGCACGGUGCUUCUGCCCCGAUAACUAUCGUGGAAAUCCUCUAGUCAGCUGCAAUCGGCCUGAAUGUACAGCCGAUGUCGAUUGCCCAUAUAGCUUAGCUUGUAUCAAUGAACAUUGCCGGGAUCCGUGCAAUUGUGCCCCUGGGGCACUGUGUCGCGUAGACAACCAUCGUGCUUCCUGCCGUUGUCCUCCAGGAUACACAGGAGACGGAAAUGUUGGAUGCUCAUUUAUUACAGUGGAAAGAGCUCCUGAAUGUACAAUGGAUGCCGACUGUCCGAGCAAAUUGGCCUGCUUUAGUGGAGUAUGCAAGAAUCCUUGCUACGAGACAAAACCAUGUGCUGCCCAUGCCAUUUGCAAUGUCGUGGACACCCUUCCGCUUAGAACUAUGGUGUGCCAAUGUGAACCAGGAUAUGUUGGUGAUGCUGAAGUUGAAUGCAAACUCGCUCCCCUGAAGGAUACUGGAUGCUCAUCCGAUAGUGAAUGUGCUCAAACGGAAGCCUGCCGAAAUCGCCUCUGUGUGAAUCCCUGCUCAGACGGGAAUCCUUGUGCAAGGACAGCUGAGUGCAGAGCUCAAAAUCAUCGAGCGGUGUGCGUGUGCUCACCAGGAAUGGUCGGAGAUCCUUUCGUUAAUUGCUUCAGGGAGCCAACAGUUGCAACGCCGGAAUGUCGAUCAAAUGCCGACUGUACAGAUGACAAAGCCUGCGUCAAUAAGAAGUGCCUCAAUCCAUGUGCCGAAAGCAACCCCUGCGGUGGGAAUGCAGAAUGCCGUGUUGCCCUUCAUCGGCCUCUCUGCUACUGCCCAGCUGACUGGGGUGGUGAUCCACACGUUCAAUGUCACAGACCUGAGUGCCAAGUUGAUGAUGACUGUCCGUACGAUAAGGCAUGCUACAGUGGAAAAUGCCUCAAUCCAUGCGCUUACGGACCAAUCCAGUGUGGUCGUGGAGCUGAAUGUUUUGCUCAGAAUCACAGAGCAAACUGUGCCUGUCCACCUGGAACUCAAGGAAAUCCAAUGGUCUCCUGCAUCACCGGCCUGUGUCAGUACAAUGAAGACUGCGCUGACCAUGAAGCCUGCGAUCGACUUAACCGUGUCUGUCGACCAGUUUGUGAAGCAGAAACAUGCGCUAAGGAUGCAACAUGUACGGGGCGCAAUCAUCAACCAAUUUGUGAGUGCUUCCCUGGAACCACCGGCAAUCCAUUCAUCGAAUGCUCACGCCCACGACAACCAGUUGAACCUGAGUGCCGUACCGAUGGGGAUUGCCCAUCCAAAUUGGCCUGCUUCGAGGGUAGAUGUGAGAAUCCAUGUGCAAAAUCCAAUGUUUGCACAUCACAAGAUCAAAUUUGCUCCGUUGUUGAUACUCUACCGUACAGAACGAUGCUCUGCAAGUGUCCAGGAGAUACAGUAACAAAUUCCAUUGGCAAGUGUAUCCCGAUAAAGUUGGAACAGCCAGUGGGAUGUACAUCCAAUGCUGAUUGUGCUGAUCCUGAAAUUUGCAAUCGUGGAACAUGCAUCGUGGCGUGUCACGUGGAACAGUGUGGUGUGAAUGCACAGUGUACGUCAUCAAAUCACCGUGCUAGGUGCUCAUGUGCUCCUGGCUAUGAAGGCAAUCCCCUGAUUGAGUGCUCACCCAUCCCCAAGACACCAUCCCGACCAGAACCAGCGGAAUGCUACAAAAAUGACGAUUGUCCCUUCGAUAGGAAGUGCAUCAAUGAACUCUGUGUGAAUCCAUGCACAGCUGGAGACCCCUGUGGACGUGGAGCUGUUUGCUUCAUUGAGAAUCGCGAGCCUGUUUGCAAGUGCCCUCAGGGCUACACGGGUGAUCCACGAAUCUUCUGUCAACCACCUUCGGAAGCAACUGUUGGGUGCAAAUCAAAUUCAGAGUGCGCUCUCUCUGAAUCGUGUAUCAAUAGAAUUUGCGCUAAUCCAUGCAACUGUGGCGCUAAUGCUGAAUGCAAGGUUGUUGAUCACUAUCCCAUCUGCUACUGCCGCCCAGGAUUCUCAGGAAAUCCCCAAUCGGGAUGUGUUAAGGUUGAAUGUACAGCUGAUGUUGAUUGUUCCAAUGAUAAGACAUGCUUGACGGGUCAAUGCGUCAAUCCGUGCAUUGUGAACGAUCCAUGUGCCAUCAAUGCUGAAUGCUAUGGACACAAUCAUCGUGCUGCUUGUCGGUGCAAUCCAGGAUUGGAGGGAAAUCCCUUCGAACGGUGUGCCAGAGUUGAGUGCCAUUCUGAUUUUGAAUGUCCCGACAAUCGUGCUUGCAUUGAUAGUCACUGCGUUAAUCCAUGCGCAACAGAUGCUCAUCCACCAUGUGCUCAAAAUGCUCUGUGCUACCCAAGAAAUCAUCGUGCAACAUGCUACUGCCCAGAAGAACUUCCACUUGGCAAUCCAUUCUCUUACUGCGAACGCAAGGUUAUCCCACCGAGUCAACCAGAAUGCGUCAGGGACACUGAUUGCCCCAGCAAAUUGGCGUGCAUUGAGAAUAAGUGUCAGGAUCCAUGUGGUGUACUCAAACCAUGUGCAUCAUCUGCUAAAUGUAGUGUCCUCAACAGUAUCCCUGUACGAACGAUGGUUUGCGAAUGUCCCGAACUCUGGGUACCCGAUACAAAUGGUGAAUGCCGGCAGUUGAUCAUCCAAACACCUCCUGGUUGCUCAAGCGAUAGCGAAUGUCCCGACACUGAAGCUUGCAUCAAUAGACAGUGUCGCAAUCCUUGCAACUGCGGCACUCAUGCCACAUGCAAUGUACAAAAUCAUCGUGCUGUAUGCUCAUGCGAAGAUGGCUACCAUGGUAAUCCCAAUGUUGCAUGUCGCACUGUUGGAUGCCGUACAGACUCAGAGUGCGAUUCAGGCAAAGCAUGCAUCAAUCAAAACUGCGUUAGCCCAUGCUUGGUUCGAGAUCCCUGCGGAACAAAUGCCGAAUGCUAUGUGUAUGAAAACAAAGCCCAAUGUCGCUGCCUCAGUGGUUUCCGUGGUAAUCCAUGGGAGCGUUGUCAUGUUGUUGGUUGCCGCAGCAAUAGCGAUUGUCCAAGUGAUAAGAACUGCGAGAAUGCACAGUGUGUCAAUCCCUGCGUGUACGGUAACAUCUGCUCGCCACGUGCUGAAUGUCGCCCACAGAAUCACAUGGCUGUCUGUCGAUGCCCACCUGGUCUUGUGGGUAAUCCCUACGUUGACUGCCGCCCAGAACCGGUGCCAGAAUGCGUUGUGGACACAGAUUGUUCACCACGUUUGGCCUGUAUUGACCAUCACUGCCAGGAUCCAUGUCUCAUUCUCGAACCAUGCCAUAGACCAUCAACUUGCGAAGUUGUCCCUUCGUCACCAGUACGUACGAUGAUUUGUAUCUGUCCCGAAGGAUACGUGAGCAGUGGAAGUGGAACGUGCAAACCCACAGAGCCUGUAUUGAAGGUUGGUGGAUGCAUUGCUGAUUCAGACUGCACGAGUGACAGAGCUUGCGUCAAUGGGAUCUGCCGAAACCCAUGCAACUGCGGACCAAAUGCUGAGUGCCGUAUCAAAGAUCACAAACCUGUGUGCACAUGCGAACAAGGCUAUGAAGGUAAUCCAGAGAUUGAGUGCAUCCGUAUUGGGUGCAGAUCCAAUGAUGAAUGCUCCGGACAGCAUAGCUGCGUAAAUAGGCAGUGCGUACCAGUUUGUGCCGCUGAUGGAAGAUCAUGCGGCGAGAGAGCUGAAUGCUAUGGAAUAAAUCACCGUGCUGUCUGUGAAUGUCCUCCAGGGUAUAGUGGUGAUCCACGGCAGGCUUGUCUCCUUCUUGGAUGCCGCAGUGAUUCGGAUUGCCCACUUGACAAGGCUUGCAUAAAUAAUAAAUGUGAGAAUCCAUGCGAGAAGACUGCAGCAUGUGCCAUCAAUGAAGUUUGCCAAGUAUACAAUCAUAGGCCUGAGUGUGCUUGCCCACCUGGCUAUAUAUCUGACUACGAGAAGGGCUGCCGUAUUAUUGAAGAAAUCUGCAGGAAUGACGGUGAUUGUCCAACUCAGACGGCUUGCAUUGGAAGCGAGUGUAUCAACCCGUGCAAUGCAACAAAACCGUGCGGUGUAAAUGCUGAAUGCAAAGUCUUCGACACAAUCCCCGUAAGAACGAUGGUUUGUGUCUGCUUGCCUGACUAUCAAGGCAAUGCAGCUGUACAGUGUGACAAGAGAUCCCUGUGCAACAUCGAGAAAGGCUUUGUACGAGACAUCGACGGGAAGUGCGUAUGCCCACCGGGAUCAGCCCUCAACAUCUACAACGAAUGCAUGCAAUGCCGCCCUGAAGCUGGCUAUAAGAUUGACGAAACAGGACACUGUGUUUGUGCUCUGGAACGUGGUAUGGUGAUUGAUGAGAGAGGCAGAUGCAUCUGUCCAAUUGAGCAUGGAUACAGGCUAACAGAUCGCGGUGAAUGCAUCAGGACAGAUCGUCCAGAGUGUGAGAGUAAUGCCGAAUGCCCAGAUCAUCGGUAUUGCAACCUGGAGACGAAGACCUGCGAGGAUCCAUGCGUGGACAAGAGAUGCGGCAUUAAUGCUCUCUGCAAUGCCACCAAUCAUCAAGCCAUCUGCCAAUGUAUUGCCGGGUACACGGGAGAACCUGAAAUUCAAUGCAACCACACCAACUUCCGCACAGAUUUCCCACAACCAGAAAUGAUUGUCAGCUGUCUGGCGGAUGGUGUUCAGGUGAAGAUUCAUAUUGCUGAACCCGGCUUCAAUGGUGUCCUCUACGUGAAGGGACACAGCAAGGACGAAGAGUGCCGUAGAGUUGUGAAUCUUGACUCAGACUCAGCCGAAAGGACUGAGAUGUUUAAGGUUCACUUUGGCAGCUGCGGUCUCAUUCACGUCAAUGGUAUUGCCAGCUUUGUCCUCGUCAUACAGAAACAUCCCAAACUUGUGACCUACAAAGCCCAAGCUUACCACAUCAAGUGCGUCUACCAAACUGGCGAACAGAACGUCACCAUUGGUUUUAACGUCUCAAUGCUGACGACUGCUGGUACAAUCGCCAAUACUGGACCACCACCUAUUUGCUCAAUGAAGAUCGUUACCUACAAUGGCCAGGAGAUUACUUCCGCGGAAAUUGGUGACAAUCUCAUGCUGCAAGUUGACGUACAACCAGCAACAAUUUAUGGUGGCUUCGCACGUGGCUGUGUGGCAAAGACAAUGGAGGAGAAUGUGGAGAAUGAAUAUAUUGUGACAGAUGAUGAUGGAUGUGCCACAGAUCCGAGUAUCUUUGGCGAAUGGGAAUACAAUUCGGAGACAAAUAGUCUCCUUGCCAGCUUUAAUGCCUUCAAAUUCCCCUCGAGCGACAACAUACGCUUCCAGUGUAACAUUCGUGUGUGCUUUGGACGGUGCCAGCCGGUCAAUUGUCGUGGGUAUGAUGCCUUCGGUAAGCGCCGACGACGUCGUCAGAUUGAGGAUACGAAUGUUAACAGAAGCAGUACUGCCCUGGCCGGAAGUAAUUUCGGUCUUGAAGGGCAGCUACGUGAGGAAAUUGUCAUUCAAUCGAAUGCCAUUCUCACGUUCGAGCGGAAGGAAGAGCGACUUGGUGAUGGCAAUAGCAUCUCCCCAGCGGCUCAGCGUGUUGAGGAUAUCUGUGUGUCGAUGGUGGGUCUGAUAAUCGCCCUCGUGAUCACAGCCCUUCUGGCCCUGGUUGCCGUAGCUGUGGCUGUUUCGUGUUGGCUCAUGGCCUACCGAAGACAACCCAAGACAACGGGUCCACUGCCUCAUCCACCAGAAUUCCCCAAUCCACUCUUUGCCAACCCUGAAGCCGUACCAGAACCUGCCCCAGACUACCUGUCGUAGAUGAUGGGCCAAUGAGACAAAGAAAUGUCUCCAAAAGAAACAUUCCAAAAUGUAUAGAAUGUUGUAUAGAAAUGGAAUUUAGAAAUUUUUGCAGAAAACAAGAUGAAAAAAAAAGGAACAGAAAGUGUUCAACGAAAAAAAAAAGUGAGAAACUUAGAUGAUAAGAAAUGGAACACAGUCAGCUCAGUGGACAAAAAGUCACGAAGACGACGAAAAAAAAAGAAAGAAAAAAAACUAAAUAAAACUGCCAAAGGAAAAGCGUCUGGGAGUGUAGAAAUUUUUGCAAUCUCAUCUGGAGUGAACUGUGUUCCUGAAUUUGAAGACAACUCCUCCGUAAACCGAAAAAAAGAACCUCAAAAAACCUCAUGUAGUCUCCUCACUAUUAGAUGAUAAAAGUGGUGAAGGCUUCUUCGAAUUCUAUGAGAGAAACUGCCUCCUAUCCAAGAGAAUGAAUUAACUAAGCACUGUGAACUACCUCAAUAAAUGGAAUGGUAGUUUAAUCUUCACUCUAUUACAUUAUUUUCUCAUAUAUAAAUAUUCUAUCAAUUUCGACGGUUUCUGGAGGAUUUGAUUAAAAAAAACUAUAUACUUAGAAUUAUUAUUUUAUAAAAAAAAAAAAAAUGAGAAAAAUACAAAAAAAAUCAAGUAGAAGGAGAAAUCGCAACUAAGUUACGAAUUAACCGAAGGAUACAUCAACAAUAAUUAAAAAGAAAACUCGGUACUAAAUUGCUAAUUUUAAUAAAAAAAAAAGCAUCGUACUAUAACGUAAUAAUUUGUAGUCAACAGUAUAUUAAAAAAAUGAACUGUAUAAUAAAUUAAAAAAAUAUAAAUAUAUUGAAGAAUAAAUCUUCAACGAAGAAUCGAUGAGGGAAUGUUAAAUGAGACAAAGAGAGAAAGAAAAUAUUGUUAUACAUUUUGUAAAUGAUUGUCUGUGGUGAUUUUAUUCUGUGUGUAUUUAACAAUUUAUUUUUAUUGUAAUUUUAUGAAAAAAAAAGCAAAAAUGCAAAAAGAAAAUGAGAGGAGAUUCUUUUUUGUGUCGUGAAAGUGGGAUAAAAAGUGAGCUCGUCUCGAAUUGACUAAGGUGACGUGCGUAGAAAAUUUAAUAAAAAAGACGCCCGCGGAACCAAGAUGAGAUUAGAAUUGUGCUCGGUACUGUUGAAAUUUGGAAAAAUUCUCCGCCCCGAUAGAGAAUUUUCUCCAAUGACUUUUUUUCUCGGUGGAAAAUGAUUUUUUUUUCAGCAAAUAAUAAAAAUUGUUUAGCAUUAAAAACGAUAAAAAUAAAAAAAAAAACAUAAAAAAUUCUCUAAUUUUUUUAGGUUUUCAUGGUGAAAAAAAUUUAUUAGCUUUUUUAUUAAAUUAAAAUGUAAAAAUAAAGUAUUAAAUUUAUGAAGAAAAAAGGCAAGAAGAGAAGGAGCGAAGAAGUGAACCAGCUGAGAUUGAGUCUACUGAAGAUAUGAAUAAAUCGCCAAACAGACUAAUUAAUUUCUUAAAAAAAAUAUCAAAAAUGACGUCAUUUUUAUGUUUUUUGUGUAUUUAAACUCGUAAAAUAUUCGAGCUAAUGUUUCAUCAAUGAAUUUGAAAUCUAUUUUUGAAAGAAAAUAAUUCAAUUUAAAGAAUUUUCCACUUUUUAAAAUAAAAUUCUUAGUAUUUCACAAAAAUUUCCAUGAAUGUUUCAUCCAUCUUUCAACAAUUUUUUCAACAAAAUAAUUCAUUAUAAUGACCAAUAUUAGCACAGUUUUUCACGGAAAUGUUUGAUAUUCUAUAAAAAUUAUUAAUUUUCACACUUUCAAACUAAUUUCCAAUGCUUUUUUUUUGCUAAAUGCAUUUUGUAAUUUUCCGAAGAAAUUUCAUUUUGGACCAAGAAAAAGCAAACUGCAGCCAUUUUGCUAAGUACCGCGCCCAAAAUGCUUCAAUGCAGCGAAUUUUUGAUAGCAUUUAGCGACGUACUUUGCCAACAAUGGACCUAGCAGACCUAACCCGUUGGGUAUCUACACUAAAAUUCAUCACUACUGAGAUUCUAUUCUCUACGAACGUGUGUAUAGUCAGUAAUUUUAAUUAUUAUAAUUUAUUUUGUAAUAUUAAAAGAAAUUGUAUAUGUAUUUUUUUGUAACUUGUUGAUGGUUUUUUUUUAUUUUGAGGGAGUAAAGCCCCUUCUCUGACUGUGAAGUCUCUUUGUCCUUUCGAUUAAUUUUAAGGCAUUUCCUUUUCUUUCAAAGUCAAUUUGAACGAUCAGACACUUUUUAUUGAGCCCCGCUUUCACUCCUCUCAAAAAGUGUUACUUUUUAAUAAAAGAAUCGUAAUAAAGGAAAAUCUAUAUAUUGCGCUUAACACAAACCGUCCCCAAGGAACUCUAGAAGAGAUGCAAUUAACUGUUUAAAGUAAUGAAGAAAAGAUUUAAAAGAAUAAAGAAAUAUUUAGUAAAGAUAACAAACGCAAUAAAUACUCGAAAUUAAUUAAAAGUUCGCGCGGUUGGAGUUCUGUGUAUAAUAUUUAUGAACACAAUUUAUUUUCUUACCAAAAUGUAUUAUUAAAUGCAGAACUCGAACAUUUUGAUAUGAAAGAGAAUGCAAACUUCUGUAUGCAAUUUGUAAUUUAAUAACUUGAAAUUUAUUUUCAAAUAAAAACUAAUCUAAUAAA